GGCGGCUUAUUCACGCGCGCGCUGCUUCCUCUUCCGGGUUGGUGCGUCACGAGGUCGGAGGUCACGGAGUUGGAAAGUGCUGGCCAUGGCGGCCUCGGAGAGACCCGAAGCAGAGGUAGCGCGCCUGGCUUUCCUGUGCGAGCGGGGCUGGGGAGCGCGGGGGGCCGGGCCGUGUGCAGCGGCACGAGCUCGCUCUCUUGCCUGAGAACGCUCGAGCUUCCUAGGCAAGGGCUGCGAAGGGGGCGAGAGGCUUCGCGGGGAUGCAAAGGGAAGUCCCUGCCUCGGGGCGCUGUGUAUGUGUGUCGGUGGAGUGAGCGCGUGGAUGCAAGGGAGCGUAUUGCAUUGCGUACAGACACGGGGCACAGCCCUAUAACGGCUCACUGCCACUCCUAGAUCUUGUUUACUAUGUGCUUAUGUAUCUGUUUUGCGCUUGCAGCCCGCCCUUCACCAAAUGUUCCACAGGACAGUUUACAAACAUGCCGUGAAUGAAACUAGUCGCAACUUAACGUUGCAGUCACAAAAGCAAAACCGUCAAACAGCCUGUGAUUUAAAAACAAACAAACCCAGUAACACAGAAAAAAACAACAUGGUACAGUAGUGUUGGAUAAGUGUCUGGCUGUAUAUUGCACCUAACCUGAAAGAGAUUUCAUGAGAACACGUGUAUUCGAUCAAAAGCUCAUCCCUACUUUGACCAACAGUUUGCAGUCGAGGGUGCCACAAGUAUGGAGUCCCUUUGCUACGGAGAGGUGCCUUUAGAGAACAACAGAGCCAAAUGCUUCUGGCAGAGGAAAUGUUUAGACGUAGGGAGAUGUGCUGGACUCUGCAUGCCCAUUGUUUUUACUGCAUCACCUACCCACAUGCAGCCCUGGUACUUUUUUGGUACUAUUAGUGCACAUGUGGUAGCAUGUUCAAGUCGACUUGCUACUCCUCCACUUGUCUACAGAGCAGCCUUAUGGAUGCUUGCUCAGAAUUAAGGCCUAAUAGGUAAAUAGAGCAUAUGUCUAAGGAUAGCAGCCUUGAUUUGCCAUUAAGGGAAAAACAGGCUUUUGAAUAAGAAUAACUGGCCAUUUUUGCUCUUCCUAUCUCUAACAGUGACCAGGUAUUCCAAGGGAAGUUGAUAUUAAUGUAAGAAAUAUAAAGUAGGCAAUAUUAUAUAUUCAUUGGAUCACCUGUUGGCUGUAAAAAUAUGAAACCUUUCUAGUUCCAAAAAACUCAUGCUGUAAUCCUAUGUGUUUUGUCCUCUGUAGUUUAUGUAGAAAUGCAUAACAAACUCAGUUAGUUAAUGGCAUAGCAAACUUAUUCUUGAAGAGCCCUGAAAGCCUGCACAGAUUAGUAACAAACUUUUCCAGCCAGGCCACACCUGAGUCAGCUCUCCAGGCCUCGCCCAGGUCAUAGCUGUUUCUCUUAAAGGGCCCACAUGCCAGAUAGUUAGAUAGUUAGAUGAUAAUGCAUUUGCACACAAAUUUAAGAGUAAAUUCAACUGAAGUAGUUAGAGCUUUUUUUUUAGUAUUAAAGAGAAAUAAAUCAUUUACAACAUUGUACACUGAACAUACCACACAGACUUCAGUAUUAAUUCCAGUGAUUUAACAUACUCUUAACCAGCUGUUGAGAAAGAGAAAUAAUAAAGCGAUUGAUUACAAUUACAAAAUCUUGAAAAUAUUAUCAUAUAUGUCCAUGUGGAAUUCUCACAUAGUACUGGAAUUUUCCAUAAAAGAAUGUCAGGUCGUAUUCUUUCUCUAAUUCUGUUGAAAAUGUAAGCUUUAAUUUUAGCAAUCUGCCAGUGGGACUACUAACUAAACCCUCCUAGGAUCACAUUGUAAGUUGCACAGUGGCAGCUCCUGUCAAAUAGUAGUGGAUAUUGCUUCCUGGUUCUUGUGCUGCAUGGUUCUGUAGGGCACUAUUUUGUCCCACUGCUAAUUAACACAUACAUGGAGUGGCCAUUAAGAGUUUUGGAGCAUGGUUUCACCAGUACAGUUGUACCUUGGAAGUCGAACGGAAUCCGUUCCGGAAGUCCGUUCGACUUCCAAAUCAUGGCUUCUGAUUGGCUGCAGGAAGCUCCUGCUGUGGAAGCCCUGUCGGAUGUUCGGCUUCCAAAAGUACGUUCAAAAACGAACAGUCACUUCUGGGUUUCAAUCGUUCGGGAGCCAAACCAUUCGAGAACUAGGCUGUUCAAAAACCAAGGUAUGACUGUAUACUUAUCACACACAGCUCUGUUUCUUCAUAACAUCUGAAUUGGGAGUGGCUGUUCAAUCCCUGAACCAGUACCUGAGUGUAGUGGUGGACUGAAUGAGGGCCAAUAAACUGAGUUUGAAUUCUGGAAAGAUAGAAUCUCUGUGGGUAGUUCACAUUGCUAAUUGCCUGUUCUGAAAGUACAAGUAUGUAGCGUGGGGGUAUUUCUCUAUAUAUACGAGGUGCAAGUGACUUCUAUGGUUAGGAGUUCCUUUCGUUGGCUUCAUUUGUAUGCUAGAUACAGCUGUAUCUGAAUCAGGUUAGCUUGGCUUUUGUAGUCCAUGCAUUGGCAACCUCAGCACUGCAAUGCACUUUGUGUGGGACUGACUUUCUGCUUGGUCCAGAAGUUUCAGCUAAUGCAGAAUGCAGCUACUAGAUGGCAGACCCCGUGUGACACCUCUGCUGAAACAUCUGCAAUGGCUGCCCGUGUGCUAAAUGGGCCAACGUCAAUAUUAUUGUGAUGAAAUACAAAGCCUAUGACAACUUAAGGACCACCUGGGCCCUUAUAUUCCAGCCUGAUCACUGAGAUCAUUCAGAGAACAGCUGUUUGUUGUCUCCUGUGUCUCAGAAACCCACCUGGCUUCAACCAGAGGCCAGGAAUCCUAGUCAUGAGUCUCAUUCUAUGGAGAGUGGGUUGGCAGGGGUGGGUGGGCCUUUUGGGAUGCCAUGUCUCUUGGGAACUGGACAGUUCUGGGUGGGGGCUCCGGCAGCCUCCUUGCCAAGCUGCAAAAUAGUCCCUAGGCUGCUCCUGCUCCUCUCCUCACAAUCUGGGGUGAUUCCCACCUGUCAUGAGGAGGUCUCAUAAAGUGUCCCUUGUCUGGUUGCAGAACAGUAGUGCCUCUUAAAGUAGUGCAUGUGAGUGUCCCAAUAAUUCAGGGCAGGGCUGAAGAACCUCUCCCUUAAUUUACUAGGAACCUUAUUUUCCUCUUUCCUCCCUGCCCCUUCUUCCUAGUGUGUUGUGGUUUUUCCAGUUUGUAACUCUGCAGGUAGGGACAGUCUUGUUUUAAUGGAUUGUAUGUAAGUCACUCUGGGAGCCUUUUGGCGGAAGAUCAGGAGUACAAAUGCUCUUAAUAAUAAUAGUAAUAAUGCUCUCCUGCAGAGAUUUGGCAGGAAUCUUUACUGGUAACUUUGGAACAUCUCUUGAAGACAUUUUGUGCUGACAGGCCCAUUCAGCUGUUUUAUUUUCACUACCCCCAAGCAUAGCGUGGAUUGCCAGUGCCCAGGGUCACAUGGAGGGGUGGGGUGGGUGUCUGCAUCACCCAGGAGAUCACAGCCACAUAGAUAAGAAAAUGAGAGAUCAAUUCCUGGUUCGCAUGGAGAAGCCGUUUUCAACAGACCCCAGUGAUGGAAGCACGUAGCUGUAUUGAGGCAGCACCAGGUGUUGAAUUUUUGUGCCCCUAACAGUUUUGCACCUGGAGCAACUGCCCCUGUGGCUGCCCAUGCUACGCCACUGCCUCCAAGAUUUGCCAGUCAUUGUAAUGAUUAUUUUGUAUUGCUUUAUGCAAUUUUAUGUUUUAUUGUAUUUGUAUGCACUUUUGUACACUGCCUUGAUAUUUUAUGAGUGGGUGAUGUAUGUUUCUAUAGCUAAAAUAAAAAAUAAUAAUAAAUAAAAUAUACCAUUUUAUUUUAUUUUUUUGUACAUCUUGCUCUUUGGGCUCAUGCAGCAUCUUAAGGCAAUUGUUGAGUGAUAUAAUCUUUGCCAUCCUGUUCUGGCGGUAUAAUGACAAAGAACAAUUUAAGACAACAGGUGAGUUUCUUACGAAAUAAUCAAGAUGUGAGAUUACAGUUCUUUUUUGUUGCUUGCAGGUAGAGGAGGCCGGGCAGGUCUUUCUCUUGAUGAAAAAGGAUUAUCGAAUUUCACGCAACGUGCGCCUGGCUUGGUUUCUCAGUCGUUUGCAUCAGGUGAUCUGGGCAGUGCCUGAAUCUGAACUGGUAAGCAAGCUGCACGUAAAGUUUACUUCUGAAUGAUGACCUCUUAGGCCAGUCAAAGUAGGAAAGCUGAUGAGCAUCUGAGAAGGAAGAUGCAUCUAUAACCGAGCUUUACCCUUUGGUUGUGUCCUGCCUCCAUUCCCCCCCCCCCUAUUUUUUUCUUUUUGAAGGUGCAUUCAGAUAAUGAGUUGGAUAUUCUCAGCAUUCUUCCAAAUAGCUGGCAACCUGACGAGCCUGUUCAGCCCAGGCCAUAUCUCCUAGUGCCUUCUACACAAGUCACUUUCCUUGCGCGCCAGUACCGUUUUGUGAUUGAAUUGGAUUUGAGCCCUUCUACGGGGAUUGUGGUAAGUGUACUAGUUCCUCAUCCCGUGUUCCCUGAGUGUUUCUGUCAUCCUUUUCCCUCUUCCUUGCCCUAGAAGUGCUUCUUCAUUAAAGCUUGUCUUGUCAGCGAUAGCAUAUCUUUGUCUUGGAGAAGAGUCUCCCAGGCUCUAUUUUCCUAUCUUGAUGGAAAAUAGAAAACUCCUCAUACAGGAGUUUUGUCUGCUGGGUAUCUUGACUUAUUCCCAGUAGAGAGAGCACUUCAUAUAUUCACUUAUAUAAGUGUCUCCAGAAUAUUACAUAUGGAAUGCUCCAAUUAUUAUAUAUUGAAUUUAUAUACUGCCCUAUACCCGGGGGUCUCAGGGCGAUUCACAGAAUAAAAUUAAGAUAUAAAACCACAAAAUACAUAAUAAAAAUAAAAACAACAACCCAAUAGCCCCCCCCCCAAAAGGGCAUAGGAUGUAAAUCAGAUCAACCAAAGGCCUGGCUAAAAAGGAACAUUUUUGCCAGGCACCUAAAGAUGUAUAACGAAGGCACUAGGUGAACUUCCCUGGGGAGAGCAUUCCACAGAUGGGGAGCCACUGUAGAGAAGGCCCGUUCUUGUGUUGCCACCCUCUCAUGGAGAAGGCACACAAAGGAAAGUCUCAGAAGAUGAUCUCAGGUGGUCCUUGAGGUAUUGUGGUCCUGAGCCGUUAAAGGCUAUAUGGGUCAGAACCAGCACUUUGAAUUGGGCCCAGAAACUAAUUGGUGGCCAGUACAGUCGGACCAGGAUCGGUGCGAUAUGCUCAAACCGUCUUGCUCCGGUGAGCAACCUGGCCGCUGAAUUCUGCACUAGCUGAAGUUUCCGAACCGUCUUCAGAGGCAGCCCUACGUAUAACGCAUUGCAGUAAUCUAACCUUGAAGUUACCAGAGCAUAGACAACAGUAGUUAGACUAUCCCUGUCCAGAUAGGGGCGUAGCUGAGCCACCAUCCAAAGCCGAUGGAAGGCACUCCGGGCUACUGAGGCCACCUGAGGCUCCAGUGACAGCAAAGGAUCCAGGGGUACCCCAAGCUACGAACCUGCUCCUUCAGAGCAAGUGUAACCACAUCAAGAGCAGGUGACCUCCCAGCCAUCUGGUCUAGGGAACCACCCACUAACAGUGCCCUCAGUCUUAUCGGGAUUGAGCUUCAGUUUGUUGGCUCUCAUCCAGUCCAUUACCGAGACAAGACACUGAUCCAGCACUUCCACUGCCUCACCUGCAGAUGUAAAGGAGAAAUAUAGCUGAGUGUCAUCAGCAUACUGCUGACAACAUACUCGGAACCUCCAGAUAACCCCACCUGGCAGUUUCAUGUAGAUGUUAAACAACAUAGGGGAUAGGAUUGAACCCUGUGGAACCCCACAUUGAAGGUUCAAUGGAGAUGAAAAGCAUUCCCCAAGUAAUACCCUCUGGGAAUGACUAUCCAAGUAGGACUGGAACCACUGCAAAGCGGUGCCACCCACCCCUAGUUCAGAGAGUCGCUCCAGAAGGAUACCAUGGUUGAUGGUAUCAAAAGCCGCUGAGAGGUUGAGAACAAUUAACAGGGACAUGUUUCCCUUGUCUCUCUCUUGAAAGAGGUCAGUUUUUGUGCCAAAACCAAGCCUAAACCCCAAUUGAAAUGGAUCCAGAAAAUCAGUUUCUUCCAAAAGUGCCUGGAUCUGGUCUGUGACCACUCACUCCAAAACCUUGCCCAGUAAAGGGAGAUUAGCAACCGGCCGGUAGUUAGUUAGCUGGAAACUCCUGUCUCUGGCACAACUUCAGUAGAAGCUUGAUACUAUGUCAUUUUUCUUCUUCAGGAUGACUCUACAGGGGAGAUAAUUUUCGAUGAAGUGUUCUAUGCCCUGUCCCGGUGUUUAGUAGGGUUGUUAAAGCCUUUUCGGAUCCCAGGCUCGGACAUUAUCUACCAACCUGAGAUCUUCAUCACCAUCCAAGUAUAUUCUUCCAUCAUUGGUCUGCAGACACACCAGGUAGUUAUUAUGUCUUGUGUUUCACGAGGCUGUUAACAUGAGAGACUGCUGAUAAUGAGAGGUUUCAUUACAUGUCUAAACAAUUGAACAUUUGAGCCAGACUCUCCUGUGACAUAAAUUAACACACUAGGGUGGAAGAAUAUCAGGAGCUCUAAGCAACUGUUGGCAAACCUUUUUUAAUUAAGUCAUCAUGUUCUGUAAAUGAGAUUGGUUUGCUAAGGAUUAGAGUUCUGUGUCUUCUCAUUUAAUGCCACGCCCAUUCCACUGCAAAAUCUGUUUUCAAUGUCACAUUAUGUCCUACGGCAUGGGUAAGGCUGCUCUUUCUACAAAGGUGCAUUUCUGCAGCAAACAGACAAAAAUCCCAUUGUUGAUAAGCUUUACCUGUGUUGAGCAGUGCAUUCAUACUGAAUUACAGUGGUACUGGAGUUACAGAUUGGUUAACUCUUUAUCUUAUACCAUGCACAUCUUUUUUAAAAAAAUGUCAAAAUUGGCAAUGCGUUUAUGAACCCUGUAUAUACUAUGCAAAUUGAACAGGAUCGCAUGUUUUGUCAUAUUUUGCAUAGCCUUUUAAAUUUAUUUCUUGUUCAUUUUCUAUCCCACCUUUCCUCAAAGGUGGUGGCACACAUGGUUUUCCCCUUCCCCGUUUUAUUCUCACAACAGCCCAAUGAAGUAGGUUCAGCUAAGAGAGUGACUGGACCAAGGCCACUCAGUCAGCUUCCUGACUGAGAGGGGAUUUGAACCCUGGUCUCCCAGGUCCUAGUCCAACACUCUAAGCACUACAACCUGUUCUGCUUCUGCCAGUCAUAAGGGGCAUAAGGAGUUACUCAGGAGUGUUGCCCCUAACCACUAGAAAUCCUUUGUAGCCUCUCCUUUACAUACUGAGAUCUCCCAGAAUGGCCCGCACAUUUUCAAGCUUAUUUUUCACAGCUAUAAGGUCGGGGGGAAACCUGCCUUUUAAAACGAAUACGGAGAUUUUCAAGUUGCUGAAUUCUGUGCACACGAUUGAUUUGUGAAUUUCUGUGUGCACAAUCGCAAAGCUUGAAUAUCCUUAACUGAUUAUUGUGAGGUGCUGAGUGUAGUUGGACUUUGCCUCUCCUACUCCUGGCUGCUCUUAUUAGGCCUGGGUGGCAAUUGUAAGUGGUUCAGUUAUUAUGAACAGCAUUUUUGACCACAUUCACAGCAUUUAGUAAAUUGUUAGUAUUCAUACAUUCAUUACUUGGAAAUUAUUAUCAACAGUUUCUUACUCGUAUAUUCAUGAUUAAUGGUGUUUGUGUGUUUGCUCUUCCUGCUUCGCCCUCUAGCUACCAGGAUAGCUGUGUAUGAUUUAGAAUAUAUAUUUACUUUCACUUGUUUCCUUGAUUUGUUUGAUUUAUGUAUCAGGUUGUAUGUAUACUUGUUGCUAAUUUUAGGAGCCUAAGGCAGACAGUGAAAGCAAAUAAAAUGUUGGGGUGCUGCAAUUUUUUUGGCGCGUAGGUGUCAAAAGCUGUUCUGUGAGUAUAUGCAUAGUCCUGUGUUUGCAGAAUGCCAGAAUAGCAAGCCAAUAUUAAUGACUUUUCUUUUUAGUAAUAGAGCUACUUCUUCAUCCCGUUCAGUGAUCUUUCUCUUGUAUGGUGCCUGAUAAUUUAUUUGGCUUCCUCAUUUAUUUACAUACAAAAUGCAUGUGCCAGUUUUUCCACCGUGGUGUCCAAAGUAGUUCACAGUAUAAAAUUUAUAUUCCACAAUAAUAACCAAAAGAUAAGACCAAUAAACACUUAACUCCUUUCCCCCCUUCCCUUCCUGACUGCCAUUAGAUUGGAGGAUUUCCCCCCAGUGUUUUCCUUCUGUGCCAGGAAAGAGUGAACAAGAACCGCUCACAUUACAGACUUAGUGCUCCACUGUUCUUUCGACAACCCCAUGAAUCCAUGGGAGCACCAAUUCUGCAGCAAACCAGCAUGGGAAACUAGCUACAACAGGUCAGCCAUCCAUGUGUAGGCCUCGUUCACCUAUGAAACAGAAUCGGAGGAGGUUGCUAUUUUAAAUGAAAAAGAGCAUGGAGUGAACCCCUCCCUCUGCUUUACCACACCCCCACUUUGUGUCAUUUUUUCCUAGCCCAAUUCUAGUUCCAGAAGUACACUAGGUUGGGAGCAGGGUGGAUAGAAAAUCUAUCUAUCUAUCUAUCUAUCUAUCUAUCUCAGAUUUUUUAAAAUUUUAAUCGGAUUUAUUUAUUUUUUAAAUCGGAUUUUUAAAAUAAAAUGCUUUUGGAGGAAAAAUCUUUCCAAAGAUAGUUUUCUUUGGAAUGCAGAAUGCUGCAGCGAGACUCCUUAUGGGGUCCUCGCUGCAAGAUCACAUUCACCCGGUGCUAUACCAGCUGCACUGGCUCCCGGUGGAGUACAGGAUCAGGUUUAAGGUGCUGGUUUUAACCUUUAAAGCCCUAUACGGCCUAGGACCCUCGUACCUACGGGACCGCCUCUCCUGGUAUGUCCCACAGAGAAACUUAACGGUCUUCAAAUAAAAACAUCUUGUUUUUUUUUAAAAAAAAUGAUAUUUCUUAACGUUUCAAAAAAAUAACAGGAAAAUACAGAAAACAGAAAAAAGUAUAAAGUUUUUAAGAUAUAACAAAAAAGUAAAAAAUAAAAAGAAACAUACAGAAUAAAACAGUUAAAAACACGUUAAUUUUCCAUAGCCUAUCUUCCUUACACUUAUUUCCCCGGACCUCCUCGUACCUCCCUUUUUUGUAUUCCAGUUCAAUUUGUUAGUUCAGCAAAUCCUUACCAUUAAGCUUUUACCCAUUUGUAAGCCUUUUUUUCGUGUAUCUUAAAGCAUUACAGCUGGAAACCACUUAGUUUCUAUCCAACAUCCUUCUAAGAUUCAUUAAUUUUACAAUAUUUCUGUAAAUAGUCUUUAAAUUUCUUCCAGUCUUCUUUCACCGACUCUUCUCCCUGGUCUCGGAUUCUGCCAGUCAUUUCCACCAAUUCCAUGUAGUCAAUCACCUUCAUCUGCCAUUCUUCCAGAGUGGGUAGAUCUUGUGUCUUCCAAUACUUUGCAAUGAGUAUUCUUGCUGCUGUUGUAGCAUACAUAAAAAAAGUUCUGUCCUUCUUUGGCACCAAUUGGCCGACAAUGCCCAGAAGGAAGGGCUCUGGUUUCUUCAGAAAGGUAUAUUUAAAUACCUUUUUUUAUUUCAUUAUAAAUCAUCUCCCAGAAAGCCUUAAUCCUUGGGCACAUCCACCAAAGGUGAAAGAAUGUACCUUCAGUUUCUUUACAUUUCCAACAUUUAUUAUCGGGCAAAUGAUAGAUUUUUGCAAGCUUGACUGGGGUCAUAUACCACCUGUAUAUCAUUUUCAUAAUAUUCUCUCUUAAGGCAUUACAUGCCGUAAACUUUAUACCUGUGGUCCAAAAACAUCUUGAAGGUCCCAGGCCACAGAGAGGUUAGGCUGGCCUCAACUAGAGCCAGGGCUUUUUUGGCUGUGGCUCCGAUCUGGUGGAACACUCUGUCACAAGAGACUAGGGCCCUGCGGGACUUGACAUCUUUCCGCAGGGCCUGCAAGACAGAGCUGUUCCACCAGGCCUUUGGCCAGGGCGCAGCCUGACUCCCUCCCUUGGCAAUCUUCGCGGAGCUCUGGCCCAAUGGUUGCCAGUGGUUUGUUUUGAAUUAAUUUUAUAAUGAAUGGUUUUAGAGUGUUGUGUUGUACUGUUGUUCUGUUUUAUUGUUGUUAGCCACUGUUAAGUUGUGGGCGAACAUAUCAGACAUAGUGAUUCUUCCAAAGCUGCUCUUUAUUUGUAAGGUGGAACAGAACUAACUGAGGAGCUCAGUCAGCCUGCUUAUAUAGAGCUCCAGAACAAUGUAACUGUUGCCAUUUUCUAAAACUAUCCAAUCACUGAACGUCACUUUCGAUCCUUCAUUUGCAUACAAACUAUCCAAUCACUGAAUGUCACUUUCAAUCCUUCAUUUGCAUAACUAUCUACAGUAUCCCCCUGCUGGCCCAGGGUGAGAACUUCAGUACAUAACAGCCGCCCUGAGCCCGGCUUCGGCUGGGGAGGGCGGGAUAUAAAUAAAAUUUAUUAUUAUUGUUAUUAUUAUUAUUAUUAUUAUUAUUAUUAAUUCUAUUUAAGUUACAUUAUAGUCCAAAGGCUAUUCAUCAGGAAAUAAGGAUUUGUUUUAAGUUUUUCAUGUGUGCUAAAACUCAGUCUAAGUCUUUUUUUUUUAACCACAUCAGUUAACAAACAUGGAUACAUAUGGUAUAAUGUUAUUUUUUAGUUAAAUAAAUUGUUUAAAUUGUUAUUAAGGAAAUGAUUAUUUUUCUCUUUCCAAUAAAGUACAGAAGAAAAGUUGUCCAAAUAUAAGCAGUUAACUUAUUAAACCUUGCAGUAAUUUCCUAAUUUUCUGUCUAUGUAUUUCUAAUAGUAUAACCAAAUCAGUAAUUUUUGAUAUAACUGUAAAAGCACUGAAAAUUUAUUAUUCUAAAAAUGAAAUCUUCAUCUGGUUUUAAAUAUUAAGAUUAUACCAGCAAGCAGUGGCGUAGCAUGGGGGGUGCAGGGGGGGCCGGCCGCACCGGGCGCAACAUCUGGGGGGGCGCGCUCGCACUCGCAGCUCUCUGCCCCUACUAAAAUCCACGGGUUAGGGGGCGCAAAUUACUUGCCUUGCCCCGGGUGCUGACAACCCACGCUACGCCACUGCCAGCAAGAAUGUCUUUCUGUAAAAAAAUGAUUUAAAUCAAGUCUUACUGACUAGUGAUUUAAAUCAAAUCCACCCUGGUUGGGAGAAAGUUGCAUAUAGCAGCAGAACACGGCACACUUGCUUUCAUCUAAGGAAUAGUUCCCACAUUUUAUAGGCAAAUGAAACAGUUGCAUGAAUUAAGCUUACAUUAUCAGUCCUGCAACACAUUAUAUGUGGCUGCCCUUCCUUGUCUAGUUAGGUUCAGGGAGACUGGAGAGACAACCCUAGUUUGUUGGCUUCUUUGCUCAGUGGGGGAAACACAAUUGUUCCAAGUGUCUCUAAGAAACUCUGUAUGGGUUGACUGCGCACGGUCCUGAGAAUGCAUCUUAAGGUUCUUGAAAUCCAAAGAUUCUCACCCACAACAAGGAAUCAGGUUGAAAUAGCAAAGCUUUUGUUAAUUACAGGGGGGUAGAAAAGGUACUCAAUUUUGAAUUUAUUAAUGCAGUGCAGCUUAUAAAGAUUAAAUCUCGGGUGUAUUUGAUCUAAUACCCCAUAUGCAUUUGUAACCUUAAAGACAAAAAAUAAGUUCUUUCAAAGGAAAAGUUAAUAUUAUAUUAACAAAAUAUUUUUUAAAAGGAUGGGGUGAAAGCACACCCAUUUGAUGUGGAAAUCCAGAAGACAGAACAGAGAUUCAGUUACACAUCCAGUGCUCAGAUGAUAAUUCCUGCAGCUCUGUGCGUGUGUUUGUAAGCCUGGACCAGAAGCUCGGUUCCAGAAUCUUUGCCUUUUAGGAUGAUACUCAGCUGUUUUGGUGGGAUUGCAAGCCCUUCUCCUAGAAGCACAAGAAGACAACGGAAUCCUUUACCUAAGCUGUUUCAUCAAGUGCUGCAAUGAGAUGCAGAGCAUCUCGUAGUUAGGAGAAACUGGUAUUACUGUAAGGGGCCAACAUUUGCCCUUGCUCUAGGAUUUUGGGUCUUGUAGGUUUGUAUAGAAGAGGGGGAGGGGUUUGGUGAUGUUGGGGAAUCAAGAAGAACAAGGAGGGGUUUCUCUCAACCUUCUAAAAAAGGGCAAGGUUCAAGAAGUUAAAAGGUAAAAACAUCCCAGAAUACCCAUGUGAUAUAUUUGAUGUUGAUGCCUGGUUUAUCAGGAAACUUGAAGUAACUUCUGUGCGUAUAGCCAGUUCUUACCAGUUUCUGCCUUGUUGCAACCAAGUCAGGCAGUUUGAUUUUUAAACUCGUGUCACGAAACAAGAGUAAGGGUCAAAGUGGGAGUGAUCCUAGCAUGCUGCACUGGUCUUGCCAACUUCUCAGACUGUCUGUGAAUCAAAGAAUAGGCUACCCAGACUACUGUGAUAGUUCUCUGCCCAUGAUUCUCCACUUCUCUUGUCUAUAGAAGAGAAUGAGGCGGCAGGCAAUAGGAGAGGUGAGACUCUGAUAGCUGGCUUGGAUUCCUGGGUUAUAUUAUUUCUGGCACAUCUUCUAACUUAGUCAUGCAGUGCUUUAGGGGUAGAAUAAUAGUGUUCUUUUAAAAGAUUCCUUGAGGUUGUUAACAUACCUAGAGCUUAAUUCCGCUGGCACAGAAAGUAGGUUCCUGGCAUGGUGCAAAGUAGCAAAAGUGAGAAACUGCAAAAAUGUGGAAGUCUUCGACGAGCAAAGGAAAGUCUUAGGUUUCAUUUCCCAUAUCUGUCACCUGGUAACUCUGCUGAAUGUUGAAACACCAAAACGAACCUUGGGAAAAUUAGGUUGUAAAAUGUACAUGCUAUUUUGAAAUUCUGAAACAUGAUGAACCCAAUUUCUAAGGCAGCCAGCCAGCCAGCCAGAGGAGAGAAGUUGCAACACAAUGGCUUGUUUGAAGACGGGGAUAUUUGAAUGAAAAUUGGCGUUCAUUUUCAGGACAUAGCCAUGUAUUUCAAGUUCAGACAUCAGGUUGACUCCCAUGGCUAUUUUAAGGAGAGGGAAGAGAGGUGCAAAAUAUACAUCUUCAUCGUUCUACCUUUCUCCUGUGUUCAGGCAUGAGUGCCCUUGCUUGUAUAUCUAAAGCAGCAGCAGCAGCAGCAGCAUCCAUACACAAGCAGAUUUGAGGAAAACUCAAUACUUGCAGUACCAAUAAAAAAUAAAAAAAUCUUUCAGAAAACCCCCCAAAAAGGCAGACCUCUCAAGCAGCCUGAGGACUCAACAUGCUUAGUUGCCAGGGAAUGUGGAUUGACUGGGUUGGGGAUGUGGAAGAAGGAAAAUAGGUAGCAGGGGGAAUCAAAAAGAGUAUCCUGGAAUACAGGGUGACUGGCUUGCUGGAACACUGAACAAGAACAUUCCACACUGCAACGUUUCAUGGCAGGUCCCACCUGCAGUGUUAUAUUUAAAGGAACAAUUCUUGAAAACUGAUUUGCUAGCAUAAUAUACAAUGUCGUAGAUAGUUUAUCUUGAUGAAUUUUGAGCUGGAAAUUAUCUCCAGGAGGUAUAAUUUACUGAUUUGUCCUGGGAAACCUAGUUGAAAUUUGCCUAUAUGCCACAGCAGCUUUUGUAGGAAGCUUUUAUCUCCAUAAAAUUUUGCGCAUUUCUGGCUCCAAACAUCAUUUGUAGAAUUUGUAGAAUUUCACCUUUUUAAAAAAGAACAACAACAAAACCAACAACUGCUUGCUGGUGAAUUGUUGCAAUCCACUGUUCAGAUUUUCUGAGGUUUUGAUGGUGUAUCACUUGCCUCAGUAUGCAGCAGAGUACUUUAAUUGGAACAAAUAAGGAUUUCCAUUGUCUCUGGCCCAGGUACUAUUCCAAGGUUGUCUGCUGGAUGAGACCAAAACAGAGACCUUCCUGCAGCAGGUUUAUACACGGCUGUGCACCUUUGAGAACAAAGUGGCUGAGAUGCUCCAGCAGCAGUAUGAGCCCAAAACUCAGGUGAGAAGACUACUUUCUGCUGCUUUGAAUGGGUGGGAGUUUUUGUAUUAUUUGCUCAUCCAGUCUAUGAAGCCACCCAUCCCAAGAGUAGCCAGCAUGGUACACUCUGGAUGUAUGCCAUUGGCUGUGCUGGCCGGGACUUGCAUAAAGGACGAAAGACCUGAACCAGUUAUUUCCAUAGAGAGAGUGGGUUCUUUCUUCUUCUUUUCUUUUUUAAGGAAAAUGCCCUUUGUGUAGGAUUCUUGUGCAGCCUUGCAGAUAGGUGUUACCAUACUUUUCCAUGUAUAAGACGCCCCCUAUUUUGGGGGCUGCAACCAAUCACCAAGCCCCACAAUGCGCUGCCCGUGUAUAAGACGAGCCCUGUUUUUAAACAUUAUUUUUGAGUAAAAAACCCUAGUCUUAUACACGGAAAAGUAUGGUACUUAUUUGUUUCUUGUAUUUACUAGCAGCUUUUCUGAGAAUGUUAAAUGCAUAUGUAUUUGUCAUUUAUGACUAAGUGAGUAGCUGAAAAAGAAGGGUUACGAACUAACUUGCUAGUAUACAUGAUGCAAAUCUCACCCUAGCCAUGAACUAACUAGGUGCCUUUUAUACAGGCUGCCAUCUUUCAGCCUAUGUUAUUGCAAUAAUAGAAGCCUACCUUACAGGAUGGUGCUAAGGAAACUGAAGAUGGCAUUGUAAACUGCCCUGUAAUCUUCAGAGGAAGGCCUGUAGAGAAAUUUAAUAAGCAGCAACCACAACCACAACAACAACCACAACCACAACAUGUGGAAAAGGGUUUAAACACGUUUAAAAGUACUUUGUAAAUGCUAUGUAACAGUAACUCUCUUCCAGUUUACAACUGUUUCCCUGCUUGGUCACAUGUAGGUGAUUAUUGCAUCCCCAUAACCAACCAAAUGACUGCCCUGCCCUGUAUAAGCAUAAAGUUUGGAGAUACCUGGGAAAGUGGUGGUGUCACCCUCACUUUCCCUUGCAGCUUAGGCACUAUAUUUUACAUAAUUGAAUGUCAUUGCAGCAAAAAUUGCUUCCUGUUAGGAGCAAGACACAUGCUCAUCAGAGAUGUUCCAUAGAAAUGCUGACUAGAUUACUGUGAGAUCAAAUUGUUGGCUGGAGAAUAGGAAAGUUCUUCAAGUUCCUGUUGAGAAUUAGAAUGAGCCUGUUCGGAGAAGAGUUUUGUGUGGCAGGCACAGCACUGCACCUGAAACAAAUGAUUUAGCUGCAUGUGUGUGAAGAGGAAUUAAAAAGCAAGAAGGGAUUUUUAAUAAGAUCCUGAGAGCAACCACAAAUGUUUUUUUUUUUUAUUAAAGGUACCUUGAAUCCUCUCCAUGAGCACAUGACUUAACUGUCAUUUCAUUUUUCUGUGCUGCAGACAGAUUCAACACCUCUAUCCACCCUCAUUUUUGGAGCUGGCUUACAAGUUGUUGUAUAGAGAGGUAGCUUCCCCUGUGGCUUCUGGAGCAAUUGCUUUGAAAGCAGAGUUAGCUCUUUCUAAGCACAGGAUCAACAUAACUGAAACUUAGUAGGAUGGGAUGUGGGGUUGUUGGCCUCAGGCAGAGGCUGUGCCUGAAACUGUUGAAGCAUGUGCUGACACCAGCAACCGGCAAAAGUAGAUGACUCUAUGAUUUCCCAAAUGAAAAAGCUUGUGUGUCUGUCUGAGGGCUGUCAUGUGUGCUGGGGUGGGUUUUCAGGUUUUUGCUGAUGCUAUUGUUUCCCUGCAGAAAUCUUGCAAUAAAAAACCUGAAAGUAAUUGUGGAUACUAACAAUACAGGUUGGGGCUGUCAGAGGUUGCUCAAAACAAUCCCUCUGUGAAGGAAGACUUGAUUGAUUUGAUUAAAAACUUGCUUCUCCCUACAACUACCUCAGGCACACUUUGGUAUAGACCAAACUCCCCUCUGUUUUGGGGACUGUGGAUCAGAACACCAGGGAAUGUCACUUCAUACGAUGCUAAGCAAAGGUGGUCCUGAAAAUUCUUUACCAUUCACUUUAUAAACCUGAUUUUGGAGUCUACCAGAUGUGCAAGAGGCACUUGUUGAGCCUGGGUGUGUGGAGAGCAGGGGAAAAUGGGCUUUACUUGGAGGAGAGGCCUUUGGGCACUUGCAGGUGAGCGAAGGGGAGGCUGACAGUUUUAGCUCAUAAGAACUUGUCUUGUUACAGGUGGACCUGUCCUCCCUUAACCAGGAACGUCUUUGUGACCCCCAGGAGCCCUCUGGGAGGAAACUGGGCGUCUCUAUGGUCACUGCUGACGUUGGACUUGUCACUAUGAUUCGGCAGGGGAUUCUGGCACUUCAGCUGCUGCCAUCCAACUCCAGUGCAGGUUAGUUUAAAGGUCUUCCUGAAGGUGGGAUUGCUAGAGAAAGCAUGGGGGGGGGAAGAGUUGCGGAAGUUUCAAAGCCAUCCGUUACGUGUGAAUGACCCAAGGGAGCUGAGAGGAGCCUUAGCCUGGCUCUGCCCAAGAGUAUACAAGACUGAAAAGGUGAUCCACAUUUCGAGGCUUAACAAAUCAAGAGGUUUUGAGUCUUGGCCUUUCUUUCUCUGAAAGUCAAGGUUGUUCCCACUACAGCGGACUUUACCGCUUGAUCGUCUUGCCUCGGGCUGCUCCCUAAGUGGUAUCUGAACAACGUAGCAGAACUUUUCUUACAGCUUUCAGUCUACCUGGAGAAAGGUAGAACUUUUCCUUUCUUUUUUCAGAAUUGUCACAUAUGCAUUUUGUGGGUCUUUCUUGGAAUGAUUAUAUAUAUAUAUAUAUAUAUAUAUAUACACACACACACAGAGAGAGAGAGAGAGAGAAUGAAUCUUGUGAAUCUGAGGAAGCUACUGCAUGCCUCCUCUAGAAUUAAAGUAGCCAUUCUCUAACCCCUAUCCAUCAAUUGUAUGUCUCCCUUGGGAUUUAACUCUUAGAUUCCUUUUAGAAUGCCUGCCCUCUCCCAUAUACUGCUAAUAUUUGUUUGUUUGCAGGGAUUAUCGUGAUCACAGAUGGUGUCACCAGUGUCCCAGAUGUAGCAGUCUGUGAGACUUUGCUCAACCAACUGCGCAGUGGGACUGUGGCUUGUUCCUUUGUUCAGGUACUGUGGAAGUGUGCUGGUGACAGGCAUAUUAGUUCUUUACUGUGCAUGCACUGUGAUCAGAGCUAACCCAGCCAGCCUUCAGGGGAAAACAAGGCUGUUGCCUGUGGUGCCCAGCAUUCCAGAAAUCUCCACCUUUGCCACAUAACUCUUGGCAACAGUUUCCUCUUGCAUUUCUGGAUUUACCUGCUUUCCCAAUGCCUGCUAGGAGGUGAACUGGGACUUCUAGUAAUGCUGCCUAGGAAUCUGGCGGAAACGCUUAUUCCAGGUGGAUUUUUGUGGUACACAAUUGUGUGGUAGCUGAGGCUGAAAUUCUAUAGUUGCGUACAAUUCUAUAAUCCUUACCUAGGAUUAAGUCCCAGUUGCAGCCCUGCACUUGCCUAAAAGUAGAUCCCGUUUGAAAUACUGUAUAUCGGGCUUGCUUUUGAGCAGGCAUGUAUAGGAUUGCACACCUAGCUACUGAAAAGAAAAGCCUAAGUAAGAAAACAGGUUUUUUUGUCAACCCUUGAUUUUUUAAUAUGCUGUAAAUUUUACCCAAUAUAUGGUAGAACAUGGGGAGACCAGUGCUUCCCCCCCCCUAGAAAAAUAGGUGCCAGUAAUCACUGUGAAGUUGUUACAGUAAGUGCCACACUUUUUAGCAAGGAAAAAAAAGAGGCGCUGGGAUUGCGUACCCUUGAGUAUCCCCGGGGGGGGGGGCACUGAGCAGAGGGAUUUCUGUUUGCUUACAGCAGGGGGGAAAAUUAAGAAUGGAUGGGGCAGUGACCUGACAGCUAUGUAAAUGUUGCUACUACUAGUGCAGGGUUGCAUCAAGGUUUAGACCUGCACAGACACCCCAGAUAACUUUGCAGGUGUGUCCAUGAAGCUUCAACCACACUGCCGCCUUGACGCUGCCAUGUCCCAGUAAAUGGCAGUAACACUAGUCUUGGAAGGCCAGUGGCACAGCACAGCUCCUCCACACCAUCUAGUCUUGGCACCAGUUGUUCAGCCUAUGUACUGUUGAAAAAUGAGUGAGUUCACCUAUACGCCCUUCUCCUGUAUCCUUGAGAACAUUGUCUUGAACAAUCAGUGAAGUUUAGAAAUUUGAAUUUGUGCAUUGCCUAUUACCGAGGUAAUGCCGCCUUUGGUUUUAAAUACCAAAGCUUUUUAAAAAAAUAAUAAUCAAAAAAUCAAACCCAACUACUCAGAUGUGACAGGUGUCAGCAGCUGAACUAUCCUCCCUAAAGCAGUUCAUAUUUUAAGCAGCCCACUAAAUAAAUUCCUAACCAUUUAAAACAGCAGCCUGCACCCUGUUCCAGGUGAAUUAGUGAACUGCUAAAAGGUAAAGGUAAAGGACACCUGACAGUUAAGUCCAGUCACAGAUGACUCUGGGGUUGCGGCGCUCAUCUUGCUUUACUGGCCGAGGGAGCCGGCGUUUGUCCGCAGACAGUUUUUCCGGGUCAAGUGGCCAGCAUGACUAAACUGCAUCGGCACAACAGAACACUGAAACCAGACCAGCGCACGGAAACACCUUUUACCUUCCCGCCGGAGUGGUACCUAUUUAUCUACUUGCACUUUUUUGCCGUGCUUUUGAACAGCUAGGCUGGCAGGAGCUGGGAUCGAGCAAUGGGAGCUCACCCCGUCAUGGGGAUUCGAACCGCCGACCUUCUGAUCGGCAAGCCCAGGAGGCUGUGGUUUAAACCACAGCGCCACCCACUGUGCUAGACAGUUAAAAUUCUAUUCUCAUGCCCAACUCCCUGGAUCAUUGCUCCAUCCAGUAUCAUUGCUCCAUCCAGUAUCAACUAAGCAGGGGCCUAUAGUACCAUACUUUUCAGGCCUUGGUCUAAAAGCAAGAAGAAAUACCUACAGAAGGAGCUAGGAGUUGCAAUGCCCAUUGUCACAUAUAAAGCCAAUCCUCUUCCUGUAGUUUGGGAGACAGGAUGAUUGCGUAUAUGUAGACUAAUGUGAAAUGGGCUUGAUGAGAAAAUUGCUUUGUGUGUUGCAAACAGGAAGGUGCUGUCGUCUUCACUUCUGGAGCACAAAGUGAAAUAAUUGCAUGGGUUGAAGCUGUAGAAUUUUAUUUUUUAUUUUUUUUGCAUUGUGCACCCAGCAGUUUGGCAUACACUUCGGCAGGAUGGGAUGAAAUUGAGUUCAUUACAAUAUAGGUGGCAGGAGCUGUUUCAAGGGAAAAGCGUCAUGUGAUUUUCUUUCCCCAGGUGGGUGGAGUCUACUCUUAUGAUUGCAGUUUUGGUCACGUUCCCAAUGUGGAGCUCAUGAAGUUCAUUGCCAUGGCAACGUUUGGUACAUACCUCUCCACGUGUCCUGAGGUGGAGCCUUCUAGUUUGGACCUAAAUGUCUACCACAAAGCUUUUCUGCUGUACUCCUUUCUGCGCAGCGGGGAAUCGCUGAACCCUGAGUAUUACUGUGGUGAGCUUAUUCUGCAUGGAAUUCAGAAAUACUCCCCAUCUUACCCACCCUGUCUUCACUAGUUCGAAAGGCCAAAGAACCUUGAACAUGUCUGAAAUGUGUAAAUGCAUAGUAGACCACCUUUGCAAGAUAGUGGGUGUGAUGGAUUUUGCAUGAGAUUGAAGGAUGAAUAGGCAGGACUGUGGAAGCUCUCAGCUAUUCUUUGCCUCAUUUUUAAAAAACAGUUGGCCUAGAACCGAACAAAACCAAACAAAACAGCACGGUUUUGUUUCGUAGACCUUUUUUCAGUUUCAUGCAUUUAUAUACCACUUAAUAUUUAAUAUAUUAUUUUAUAUGUGUGUGUGUAUGCGUGUGUGUGUGUGUGUGUAUACACACACACACACACACACACAAACACACACACACCAUAGACGUAUCACAUCUGAAAUGCAACAGCACCAUAUAAUAUAGUGAAAUCUUAGUAAAGCAGAAAUGUAGCAGCACACUUUUAAAAACAUCUUGAGGGUUGAGUAUAGCUUGUCAGAACAGAUGAAUCUUCAUUUGAAGCUCAUCAAAUGUGGUGCCUGCCAUACUGGGAGGGAAAUCCAGAGGGUCAGUGCUGUCACAGGGAACACCCGCUUCUGAUAAAUUAUUAGAUGACAAUCUGUUGGUGACCAAAUUGUUGGCAGGCCCUCCACUAAAUAUCCUAAGGUGCAGCUGAUGCUGAAGAGGUCUGCAUUUCAGGAAUAGUUCAGGGCUUCUCCAUUCUGCUCCUUUUAAAGAAGAAAAGUGUGGUCAAUUCUAAGCAUGUUAUUUUAAGCAUCCUACCAAGUACAGUUUGUCUCCAUCCUAGACUUCUAGCCUUAGCAUUUCAGUUGUGUGGUUGACUCUUCCUAGUAGCUGCUGGAGGCCCUUGCAAAGUGCCUUGGGACCUUCUGUUAAGGGUGGGAAUAACUGGCGUAAUUGUCUACUGUCGUUUCAGUGUCCCAGCACAGGCUGUUCAAUGAACACCUUGUUUCCGCAAGCAGCAACCCUGCCUUGGCUAUGAGGCGGAAGAAGCAUACGGAGAAGGAAGUACAUGCUGAUCUUAUCAGUAUCAUCUCUGUCCGGCUGCGAGAAGGUUAUAGUAUCCGCGAGGUCAACGUCACAAAAGGUGACUUCCAGUAAUCUUACUCUGCUUUGUGAAGUGUGGCCAGUGUUCAUCUGAUGCCCACUCGGACAUUACCCAGAGCAGGUUCUGGGGGCCAAAUGGAGUCCUCCAAUCCCCUCAGUUUGGCCCUCAGGACUUUCCUCUGGCCACAUCCCUCGAUAACACAGCUGAGUGUUUUUCGAGUUUUGCCUGGCUGGAAUGUGUCCUUGGACUCUGAUUAUGCUUCCUGCUUACUGGGAUGAAGGAUAGGGCAGGGGUGUAUGAAUGUGUGUAGGAACUAUCCUCCUGUACAAAGGUAAAAUUUGCAUUUGCUGCUUUUGCUUCUGUCCCCCACCCACGACUAGUAUGUGAUCCCUGGAAAGCUGCCCCGAAGGUAAUGUGGCCCUUGGAUUGAAAUGUUCCCCAUCCCUUAUCCAGAAUAUAGCUCAAGCCCACCAUGUACCAUCAGGGGUCUUCUUACUGCCCCCUAAGAGCUAGUGUGGUGGGACGGAUGUAGUAUUGGGUCUGAAUGUGGUGACCUCAGGUUCACAUUCUAGCUCAUCGGCGAAGCUUGCCAGAAUGUCUUGGCUCUGUUUGUCUAUCCAUGUAUCCAAGAACUUCAUAUAAAUCAGCAUAAAUAUUGGGCACUCAUGGACUAUGGGCCAGUUUAACACACCAUCAGUGUGCAAAAGCUUGUAAGCAUGAUGGAACUGUAUAUAUCUUCUCCCCAUCCCUCCCACAUUGUACUCAGCUUAAAGCUGCUGUGGGAACCUGUGGCCCUACAGAUGACCGUAGACUCCAGAUCCCAUCAGCCCCAGUGGUCAAGGGUGAUAGGAGUUGUAAUAGAACAACAUCUGGGUGGCUGCAGAUUAGCUAUCCCUUUCUUAAUCCCAUUUUCUAGGGGUUUUUUGGGGGGGGGUUCUGUUAAGAAAAAGAUCUUGUCUCCAUAGAAGCUAAAAAUAUCUUUUUUUAAAAGAAAAGGAAAAGGGGGCAAGGAGCUGAGUUUUUCAUCAUCAAAUCUUGUGCCAUGCCAUAUUUUGACUAAUAUGUAUAUGCACACAAUGGAGCUUUUUUGGCUGUUAGUGUGUGAAUAAAAAGUAGAAAGCUAGAAAAGAGACCAGAAACCUGAUGCAACGGAGGCCACGCAGUGCACAGAAACUUCUUUUUCCAGAGUCCCAGCACAUUUUGUGCUGUGAGGCCAAGUAUUCUUCAAGGGAAUACUUGCUGCCAAAUGUAGCUGCAUGAAUAAGAAAUUCAAGCAUGCACAGCAGAUAAGUGGGUGUUUCUGUGUUAGAUUCAGAAACAUGCAAUUUGUCUCAAAUGCACUGGGAUUGUUAGUCUGUUGAAAUAAUAAAUAUUAUACUCUCCCUAUGUGGUCCGUGGCCCAUGGGGUCUAAAAACGAGAUAGUUGCUAUCAUCUGGGGUGAAUGAGCCAAGUAAAAUUAUUGACCAUGUUAUCUUUCACGGAAAAGCACUUUAAUUGUGUGUUCCUGAUCUUAGUCGGCUCUGUUAAAGGUCCUGAAUCUGUGCCUCUUUGAGAAAUGAUGCAUGCACAUCCAUCUCAAGGCGUAGUGCAGUGAGGGUGGGGGCAAGAUGGGACGCUGACUAUAACCCGUUCUCACAAUCUUACUGCAUGCAUAUAGGUGGCACUCAUCUAGAAGUGAAGUUAGUCCUGUUGUGGAAGCACAAUAUGAGAAUUGAAUACUUGGCAGUGGCCCCAUGGCCCUUGGACCCUUCUAAACGUAGUACAUGGGUGGAAGUGACUAUGGAGGGCAGCUAUGACAUUUUGCACGACAUCAGCUGCACCAUGCGGAAACCUAUCACCAGCUUGUACCGCACAACUGUGAUACGCCGCUUCUGGAACACUUUGCAAAGGUAAGUCUGCUGGCGCCUGCCCCGUUACUGGGGUGGUGGCCCUCCAUAUUUCCUUCCCAAAGGCAUCAUGGGCAGUAUGUAUCUUCUUCUUCUUCUUUGAAGCUGUGUAUUCACUCUUAAGAAGCAGUGCUUCCACUGCUGCUCUUAAACUUAUUGUUUUCCAUCUCUGGUGCUGGACAGUGGCUGGGCACAGAAGACAAUUUCAUUACAUGAGCAAAAGAGUUAUCGCUGCUUGUAAGGAAAGUAUGAAUAGGAGAUGGUAAUUGUCUCUGGUAGAUCAGCAUUGACAAUGCACUGGUGUAAUGUAAAUGUCACUGGUGGGGGUGAUGUUGUCUUUUCAGCAUCAACCAAACAGAUCAGAUGCUGGUUCACCUACAGUCGUUUGACAGUGUGCCAGAACACUUCACAAUCCCUGAAAGCACUAGAAAUGGAGUGCCUCUCUUCUACAUUCCUCCAGGAUCCACAACACCGGUAUGUUGUUUGCUGUCUCUGAUCCUUGACUGAGAUAAUAGAGGCACAGCUCUUAUAUCUAAUUUAGCUGCCUGCCUGCUGAGCUCUUAGAGUUGACUGCCUUAUGCUGAUUUGCAUGUCGAGGGGGAGAGGGAAGUACGGGUAUUUUGUUCAUCCUACUUUCAGGGGUGGAUGAUAUUCUGCAGUAUUGUAUUUCAAUUAUGUUGUAUCUCUUUGGUAGAGUACUGCAUGAACCUGUUCAGUUCUACUGUGUCUAGUCAUAUAGUUUCUUAGGUAUUCCCUUCUGAGUUAUCCCAAGUCAACCUGUAUAGAUGUGUAUUUUUUAAGACCAUCAAAUAAAGAUGGUGUGUGUGUGUGUGUGUGUGUGUGUGUGUGUGUAGGUUCUUGACUAUAUAGAGUCAUUGCUUCUUAUGCAACAGCAGGUUGCAAGCAGUAGACCAGGGGUCACCAACAUCUGGCCUGGGGGCCGGAUAAGGCCUGAAACCCUCGUUUAUCCAGCCCGCGGUGACCACCCCCCCGCUCUUACCGGCGCGGUUUGGGGACCCACUUCCAGGUCGGAAGAGCACCGGAAACAGCUUGUGCGCAUGCGUAGGGGCCUCCUACACGUGCGCACACGCUAUUUCCGGUGCUCCUCUGACCCAGAUGUGCGCUGGAAAUAGCCUGUCUGCACACAUACGGGCACAUGCUCCCCUGCCUUUUGGCCCGCUGUGCGAUUGUCACCAGGCCGAGGCAAGAAAAGCUUGUCGACCCCUGCAGUAGACUUUAUUAAAAUGACAGUUGCAGGCGUAGGUUAAUCCAUCAAAACCUUGCAGAAGCAGUAUCUAAUCUGAAUUCAAAUACCAAACAAAUAUCCUGGAAACCAUCGGUUGACUAGGUAAAUAAUACAGUUCUUGUUUGCCUGUCCCUUACUGUGCUGCUUGAUGUGCUGUUCUGUGUAGCCUUUGUAUUUGGCUACUGCAAUAGGGAAAAUUCCAAAAGAUAAACUCUAUUCCUCACAAUCCUUUUAACCUUAUUAUUUGCAAUAACUUUGCAGCUAAUUUCUGUUUAUUUGUUUUUAAAUGCUCAUUUUCUUAAUUUUUUAUACAGUAAGCCCAGAUCAAUUGUAUACAAAUAAAAGGUAAAAAAUUGUAAAAAUAUAUAACGAAACCAGAGCUUCAACCUAGCAUGCAUGAUCACUUCUAACUGCAAAAUAAAUGUUUAAUAUAGAGGAAUGCAGAUCUGUGUAAGAACUCUCAGUGCAACACAUUUGUCAAACCUCCAAAUAACAGAUGUCUGAGUAAUAGGUCUAACCAAAAAGUUUUGUGAGGAUCCGGGGUCUUGCAGGUACACCUUGACCCACCAGAUAAUGCAAAAACAGACCCCAUGCACAUACCAAAUUAUCUCUCUUUAUUUUGCCUCACAACACACAAUGACAUUUUGUCAAUUUUUCAGCUAAUGCAAUUAAGCAUACCUUUGCCUACCAGCCUUGCAUAGUGAAAGAGAAAACUGAAAUAUAAGGGCAAGUCCUGGGUCAGGAAAAGCUCUGGUUAAGAAUAUCCGUGAUUUCUUGGAGUAGUACCACAGGUCAAGAUCACCACAAAUGAUACAUUGCGCCAGUUUUACCGCAUCCCUUCCCAGUACAGCAUAGACACAGUGUUAUUCAUGCAACCCAGUUUAACCAGGAUAACGUCCACCUGUGUAUUAGCUCCAGUGUGGUCUCUCUUAACUUUGCAGACACAAACUUCAGUGGCGUCUUUGACCACACAGCAUUCCAGACAUUUCCCUUGAUUUCGGGUCCACCUCCCAAGCUCUGCAUAGGCCCUUAGUCGUGCCAUGUAACUUGGGAAGCAAAAUCCUGUAUACAACAUGGAUAUCAAACACUUGAUGUCUUGGCCAUCAUUAAGGCAGUGAUUUUCAAAUAAUGUCAGACCUCUAGGGACUUCCCCUGAGCACUUUAACGUCAUACCGAGAUAUGGACCUCAGAGAAGUUGAUUUCAGUUGCAACUAAGAUGUCCCAGCAUGGUGCAAAGCUACUUCCCAUUUAAUGUUUGAUCUUUGGUGAAAAGAACAGCUGCUCUAUACAGACCUUUAUCGUCCCAUCCUUUGAAUUGGUUUAUCUUUAUCUGAAAAACAGGUGAAACAAGAAGGGGUAACAAAGGUAAAUGGGUGGAGCGGGAGUCAAAAACAAAGCCCAUUUCUUCCACAUUUUCAGGGUCACUCAGUGGAUUGGCUAUUGCUUUCCUCUUUGCCAAGGACAGUUUUUGGGAAGGGUGUGUCUCUGCCCUUGGGGCAAUCUGGACGAAUUUCAGUCAGAACCAAUGCUACAUCCAGAUUGUCAUUUACUAAAUAAGAUAAUUGUCGGAGUGAGGCGUUCACAAAGUAAAGGAAGGAUUGAACUCUGAUUAAUAAGAAUACACACAGAGGCUUGAACCAGCAAGACUCUGGGAAGGGUGCGUAUAAUAGUCUCUGUCUCUCUCUCCCUCCAGCCCCUGGCCCAGGUCAUUUUAUUCACAAAAGAGCUUUUUACAGAGUCUUCGUAUGAACCAAUCAGAUUUCUUCUGAGCAUUUCCACAAACCCCAUGUGGGAACAAAGUUAAACUACCAAAACUAAUUAAGCACACAUAUUUCUGGGGUGAACAAAGAACAGAACUACAAAGGAGAGCAUUUGGCAACCCCAGAGGUGAUAAACAAGCAAUAUACAUGAUAAGAAGGAUGGCCAGGAGAACAGCGAUCAUUAUCACCUUUAUGUGAGAUCUGUUUCCUGGCCCUAAGAUUAACAUCCUAAGAUUAUCAGAAAAGCUACAUCAAAGAAGCUGCCCACUGUCUUUGAUGACCCAGGAGCCUGCCUGGUGAAGCAACUGGGCUGUGUACGUGACUUGUGAAGAAAGAGAAAUGGAACAGGGAUGCAGAGGUGUGGAUUGAUCAAGAAUCAUAUCAAAAUAGUUUAAACCCAGUCAACGCAAUGCUUUCAUUGCUGACACAGAUGGCUUACUCUAUAUUUGUUAUAAUUCCUCUUGGUAAUCCCACCUGACCCCACACUCUGGAUAUUUGCACUCCUACAUCGGAGCUGGCAUGAUUCAUAAUAAAACUGAAGGUUUGGGACCCCCUUCCACCCCAUUCCUUGUUUGAUACGUAAUGAUUUUGCUCAUUAGGGGCCUCUGCCUUCCCUUAAUAAAGCCAUUAAGCAACUUUUGCCAUUGUCUAAUCACUCCAUCAUCCAACCAGAUGGGGGGAGCAUGUGGAAUAAGAACAAGAAUCAAGGUAACAAAGAUGCUUUUACUGCUGAGAUUCUCUCUAACUAGGUGAGAUUGAGAGCUCCAUCUGUGUAAGUCGGUUUUGCCAUCUUUCACUAGUGAGUAAUAAUUUUUCCUUUUGAGUUGCUGAAGCAGUUAGAUGAUCACUGUCCCCAGAUACUUUAGGCACCUGAGCUGCAAAGUAAAACUGCAAGUGCUUUGUAGUUUAUCAGCUAGCGGUAUGCCUAUACAUAACAUAACAUACUUACCACAGUUCACUUCAAGACCAGUUGCAGAGUGAAAGGGGUCCAAGACUGUUUGGAUCUCAGGUCAGACUUUGAUCGGAUCUUUCAGAAAAAGGAGGCUAUUGUCAGCAAACAGGCUGAGUACAUGCUCUCUGCCAUUUACACCUAGGCCUUCCACGUCGUUAUUGUUGCGUGUUAAAAUUAGUCAGAGUUUCCAUAACCAUAAACAGCAAUGGCGAAAGGGGGCAUUCCUGUCGAGUGGCUCUGCAGAGGUAGAAGAAAGGAGAAUCCAGGCUGCUCCCCCUCAUUGCCACUUGUGAUUCAAAAACAGAGUUCCGAAGUUAACUUAGUCAGCUGAAAGGGCUGCUAUAUCCUGUCCAUUUCCUUGAACACAGCUUAGGAGACUAACACCACCUAUGUCUCUUGGUGUUGACUAAUCUCUGUCAAAUUAAGAACCCCAUAGAUCAGGUCAGACAUGUGCCUCUGAGGCACAAGCCCCUUUUGAUCUGCCCCAAUGUAAUGGCCAAAAACAAGUUCAGUCAGGAUGCCAAGACCACAGACGAGUAAAGGCGUCCUGAUUAAGCAGUGCAAGCUAAUCUUUAUUUGAUCUUCUUGAGGCCUCAAGGCAGCUGUCUUGAGUUUCUGAGCCGUUGUUCAUCUCUCAUAUUAAUGCUAGCCAUCUGUCUCCCACAUGCCCUCUCUUCCAGCUUCCCCUAUAGGUUUUACCUCGCAGCCCAUUCUUAGCACUUAUUGUUCUGUUUAUAUGUAGCAUUUUCAUUGAGUAAGUACACUUGUUGAUUUCCUGCACCAUGCAUUGACAAUCUAGCUUGUUGCAGUUCAUUUUGACCAUUGCAUAUAUAAUGUCAGGCCCUCAUGGGGUCUGUUUUAGGCGAACACUCAGAGCUGCUUUUUUCAUUGCUGGUUAAAAACAAAUGGGGUGCUAGUUAUUCUCUCAGUAGGAAAUUUUGGGUGGUAUUCUACUAACUAUUUCCAUCAGCACAAGGAUUACAGUUAACUGAAUGUGGCUUCCCCCUCUCCUCUCUGCAAUAUGCCCUGUGCCCUCCCCAGAUCUGCUCCAGAGAGUUGGAGGAACCCUUAGGGCAGAUUUGGGGGGAGGAGAGGGAGGUAGUUUCAUUAUGGCACCCAGGCACUGCGAUGGCAGCAAUUUGUGAGUUUGUCCUUGGUGUCUGUAACUUCUGAUGAAGAUGAUUUUGAACUGUUUCAGGGGAAUGGCAUAAUUUGACCAACCUUGUGCUUAACCACCUAGCAUGACGGCUUUGGGGGGCAGAAUGUGCUGCACUCCACCGUAGAACCAAAGGGAAAGGCACCAACAGAGUACUAUUUCCCUCCCUUUUAGGUACUGUCGUUGCAGCACAGCAGCUCGGACUCCUGCCACUCGCAGUUUGCAGCCUAUUGGAAGCCCAUUCUGUCUAUGGAUGCCAACUUCUGGCAGAGGUGGCUGCACAUGCACCGCAUCGUAAUCCUCUUGGAGCAUGACAUGUAUGUGCACGCUGGGUUGCUGGGUGUCUCAUGGUUGGGGGAGCAUGCAUAGAGAUAGCUGAAGUACUCCAGCCACAGUGCAAAUCUUGCUAACACCCACAGGUGGCUUAGCCUGUGGUUUUGCUUGUUCUUACCGAUAGCAUCCAAAUGGCUGAGGGAGAGCUCUCACAUGUGUGUUUUGCCCAAGAGUAGAAGGAUGAGGAACCAGCAGUCUAUCCUGGACCAUGAGUAGUAACCCUUUGAUGUACUUCCCAGGCCAGUCCCCAAGCAUUUGCACACCCCAGGCAACAACGGCCGCUACAGCACUAUUCAGUGCCGCAUCUCGCACUCGGCGCUGACUUCCUUGCUGCGUGACUGGAGUAGCUUUGUGCUUGUGGAAGGCUACUCCUACGUCAAGCUCAUGCGCAGGUAAGGCACAUAAUAAAGGGGUGGGGCAGCUGGGGAUGAGACAUUGUAUAAGGUGAGCACCUUAGAUUGGGGGUUAAGGUAGAAAAAGUUGUCAGUGCUUGUGUUGAUGCUUGUUCCACCUGCUGUUUGUUGUUCUCCAUUCUGCAGUUCUGAUGAUCAGCCUCCUUUUUCAUUCUAUGUGGUGCGGAUCAUUUCCAAAGCUCCCUGCAUGGUCCUUCGUCUGGGGUUCCCCAUUGGGACGCUUGCUAAGAUCAGGAACAAAGUGAGUACUGGAUUUCCUCGGGUCAUAGUAAGCAUUUAGCAAAACUGCAGGAAAAUGCAUUUACACAGCAAGAAUCAGUGGGUAUUUUGGGGGGAAGUAAAUCCUUCAGCACUACCAAGCAGCAAUAUGUUCUCCUGUACAUUCAACAGCAUCUGAAGUCCUCCUUGGGCUUCAUAGACUAGAAGCCUUGUUUCUAGGCCUAAAUAAUAUUGCGGUUGGUGGGCAAAGCUAGCUGGAGGGCCCAUCCCUCCCACUCUCCUCCAGUAAUGCAGCAAACUUGUCUAAAAUUGCCUAGGCAUAUGGUAUUUCUGGAACUGAUCCAGGUCUUGAUGGACAUCUAAGAGGCAAGCUGUAGUCUCCUUCUGGGCUGCUUUAAGUAAGGAGGCUUCCAUGGGGAAUUCCCUCGUGGGGCUGAUGUCUUAGUUUUUGGGACAUCAGGUAACACUGCUGACAGAGACAGACCAGUACGCCUGGGGGAUUUUGGAGCCAGAGUUGCAGCUUCUACAGAGAGAACAGCAGGGCCCAAGGAGCUAUGAGGGAACAGCAGGUUCCACAACAGCAGCUGUUCGUAUGUAAGGGGCAGGCAAACGUUCUGCUCCAGUGUUUGUGCCCAUCUACUUCUCUCCCAACAGAUAGUAGAAGAAUUAAGAGAUCGUAUCCUUCAGCUGCGCUUCCCCCACAGAGUCCAGAGCAAAGAGGCAACGCCAAAAGUGAAGCGGAAGGCCCUGGGCAGCAGCUCCCCAUCGAAAUCUCCUCCUGUGCCUGGGGCCCAGCCAACCCUCUCGGACAGGCCUUGCCUUAUUGUGCUGCACAAGCCUCUGGAGAAGCUCCUGAUUAGGUAACAGGGACAGGACAUGCAGAACAUUCGGUACCUUAGAGCUUCAGUAGGCCUGGAACAGGCAGACCCUGGCAUAUGAUUUGGCCACUGUGGAGGUUGUAAGUAUCAGAAGUUGGACUGGACCCCAAAAGCCUUCAGGGGUAGCUAACCCGGUGUUUGGGGCUACAGCUCCCAUCACCCCUUCCUUCAGUCAGUAUGCCCAAUGGUCAGGAGUGAUUGGAGUUGUAGUCCAAAACCUCUGGAGGACACUGUGUUAACUACUUGUUGGUCUAGGUCAGCAAGCUAUUUCCCACAGGGAGCCGCCUAGCGCCUACAGGGAAAAGCACAACCAGGGUAUGAGGACAUCAGUGCUCUCUCGCUGUUGUGGCCCAGCAGCCGCUAUGCAAAGGCAUGCUGCCUCUGAUCCUGUGGAUUAGUACUAAAUUGCUGUUAUCCUCCAUUAAUUUACCUAAUUGUCUUUUGAAGCCAACCAAUUUUGUGGCCAGUCCCAUAUUAUGUGGCAGCAGACUAUGUAACUUAAUUGUCAGUUGUGUGUAAAGGUACUGAAUCUCUCGCCCUUCAGGCUUGGUGGAGAGCCCUGGAUUCUUUAACAUUAUGAGAGAGGGCGACUAACCGGCUUGGGCUGUGGGAAUUUGACACCCUUCCUGCUUAGGGGCUGCAAAGGUUGCAGGCAGGUGUGGUAAACAAAGCAGAGUAUGCUUUGUAAUUCGGGGAAUCUUUUCACUUUAAAAAGAUGUUUUUGCCCCUAGACAAUUAAUUUUUGGUGGGAAAGCUGAAAUGUUUAAUGGAAGUUGAGCAUGAAAGGCUCAUCGGAUUAGACUUCUGGGCUUGUUUUCAAUCCUUCUUCAAAAAAAAACCACCCCACUUCUGCUUUCCCAUAUUUGCCAAUCCUUUUCCUACAGGUUCCACAGUCCUAUUAUCCAUGCCUGCCCUCUCCUGUGUUAUGCAAUCUGUGGUUUUUAAUUUGUUUUUACUUUUAAAAAAACCUCCAAUUCUUUGUGGAAUUUAAGAAGCACUGCUGAUUAUAUGCCCCUCCAAUAAGCCUACAUAAAUUCCUUAAUUAAAAUGGAAAUUUUGUGCCUGCAGGAAAUUCUCUUAAUAUAUUGUGUGUUCUUUUGUGAUGUCUUUGCCAUUGUGUACACAAGCCUUUUUUUUCUGCACACUGGGGCGGGCUUGUGUGGUGGACUUCAGGCUGAGAAGGCGCAGAGAUGACUCACUGGCGUCUCAAAAGUGUUCUCCAUGGGGCCAGUACGAACGCAACAGCCUCACAGCUGUAGUCAUGUUCACUUCCUCUCUCCACUUCCUAGAUAUGAGAAGUUGCCCUUUGACUAUCGUGUUCCGUGCCUCCUGCCUCUGGAGAAUCCCCCCAUGUCUGGCCCUCUCACCAUGGUGGCCAACCGCACAGCUUCCUCCACCCUGGCUUCCUUGUCUCGCUACUUCUACCACCAGCGCUGGAUCUGGUGUGUGCAGUCAGGGCUGGUACCCACAGUGCCCAUCACAGCCGUGGCGCAACUGCUGUCCACGCUCACAGAGUAAGUGCCCAUUUCAUUGCAAAGCCUGAAUCGGAGCCCACCCAAAGAGCUGCAGAGGAGAAGGAUAGUUGUCCUACUUAGGUUAUUGCUGUCGGUGUCAGAUAGAUGGGUGUGACUGAGCUCUUGAUGAUGGGGGGGGUUGCAUUAUUUUGAGAGAGAUUACGAAGUGUUGGAGUGUGAGGCAUACACAGGUGAGGGUGUUGUAAGAACCUGGUAACCUGCCAUAGUUUUCCUCUGGGGUGUGCAGGGUUCGUCUGUCCGAGGGCUUUCACUUUGCGUCCAGCGGCGAUGGAAUUAUCAGUAUGGUGCUGGAGUUGCCCAUGAAGGUAAACACGGUUUGCUCUUCCCCUUUGGUUUGAUACCCUUCCUCUUGCCUCCAGUGUUGCCACAUCAUCGUGCUCCCAGUAAGGGCUGAUCUCAAUCUGUGGGGGUGGCACGGGGUGGAUGCAGAGACACCUGUGGCCAGGCCUAAUGCACCUGUGUUAACUCCCUGACCCUGACAUGUCGAAACCUAUUUUGUGUGCCAUUCUCUCAGGAGUUUUCUGUUGGUCCUGUUUACAAGGGUGGCUGCCCCGUGACCUGCAGGCCACAUCUGGCCCACCCACCCCCAGAGAUUUUCAUGGUGCUUGAAGGCCCCCCCAAAUUUGUCAUUAAAAACAUGAUGCCAUGGCCCUCAGCCCCCAAAAGGCUAGUCCACCCAUAAUAAAGAAGGUCAGCAGGUGGAAAUGGCAUCCAGCUGAUGCUCCUCCCAUGGCCUCUGAGGAAAGGAAUGAGAAGUUUCCCAAUGUUACAGCCCAGGGAGGGGCAGGGAGUUCUCCUGAUAAGAUUUGCCUGAUGAACAUCCUCCCAGUUCUGUUCUGUCUAGCCCCCUCCUCCAUGGAAAGCCAAAACCAAAAGAAACAUUGAGCCCAGAGUGUGUGCUGGCUGGGCCAGAUGUUGGCAAGUUGUACUGCUUGGCUGCUUCUCUCCUAGCCUCAGACGUGCCUUAGGAGAGAGGUGAUGCAGCAGCAGGAUAGGCUUACGUAGAUUGUUCUUCCACAGAGUGACUCCUCAAGAGAGAGCGGCAGUGAGAAGCACAGCUGCAUUGUCCAAUACGUGCUGUUCCCUCCACAUUCCACUUCAACCAAAGACAGGUGAGGGUAAGGGAUCGCCGACCCUGGGGACAUGGAAGAAGUCCUGCUACUACAGGCAGCUUGCAGGAUCAGGGACUUCUGGGUGCAGCUGGAGGGUCCCCAGGAAACGUUGGGGUUGUGGAUUAAACUGCCAAAUCUCAAACAUUACCCCUUGCUUCUGGUCUGCCGCUGCUUACAGCGGCAAGGGGGCUUCUGGUUGGGAGUGCCUGGGUGUCCUUCCUACCCAGACAGGCUGCAAGCAUCACGUUGUGAGAGCUCAAAGACUUUCUCUGCUACGUGCCUUGCUGGCACCCCAGAUUGUGCUCCCCAAAAUAAGUACUGUAUGUAUGUGUGAACACUGCCCCGGUCUAUCUGGGCUGGAAGCCAGUUCUUCCAAGGCCUUUAUUGGCAGUGCUUGUCCAGAACCCAGAGUUCUCCAAAGUACAUGUAAAGAACCAGGGGAAAGAAUCGCUGGCUGUGUCGUAACUGGAAGUUGAUUAGCUUGCCUCAGCUUCCCUUUGCACAGCACUCCAUGCCUUAUAGUUGUCCAGCAAAAAUGUGGGGGUGGAAAUCAGCUGAACAGACUAAGAGGAAUGCAUAACAGCUGCACAACAAGUAUAAAGCGGAUGUCCCAAACCACUGAGUGUUCCCUUGGUGUGGUAUUUCUUGUAUUAAUACCUCAUCGCUCCAAGGCUACGUAGGCUUUAAAAAUAUUUGAGGCAUACUUGUUUUCAUGGCCCUGAUGCCAAGCCAAAGAAUGUGGAAGUGGCCUCCUUUUUGUGGGUGCCUAGUCUAGGAUCUGGGACGCGGGUGGCAAUGUGGGUUAAACCACAGAGCCCAGGACUUGCCAAUCAGAAGGUUGGCGGUUCGAAUCCCUGCAACGGGGUGAGCUCCCGUUGCUUGAUCCCUGCUCCUGCCAACCUAGCAGUUCGAAAGCAUGUCAAAGUGCAAGUAGAUAAAUAGGUACUGCUCUGGCGGGAAGGUAAAUGGCGUUUCCGUGCGCUGCUCUGGUUCGCCAGAAGCAGCUUAGUCAUGCUGGCCACAUGACCCGGAAGCAGCACGCCGGCUCCCUCGGCCAAUAAAGCGAGAUCAGCGCCGCAACCCCAGAGUCGGUCACGACUGGACCUAAUGGUCAGGGGUCCCUUUACCUUUAGUCUAGGAUCCAGAGAGAGCUGGGAAACUUGUGAGGCAUUUACCUUGAUGAGGCAUUCUGAGAAGUGUCGACUCCAUGCGUCUAUCCUUAACGUUAAAGAUUAUUCCAUCUGGGUGUAAAGCUCCCUUUCGGCUACCUAGGAAGAAAAACUUUGUCAGCCCUUCACACAACCUAGUUCAGCCUAGUUUCCUUUCCACAAAGGCCCGAGGCCCAUUUAUGCCCCUUAAGAACAUAAGAGCUCUGAGGGAUCAGGCCAAAGGCCAUCCUGUUCUUACAGUGACCAACCAGAUGCCUAUGGGAAGGCACACAAGGGCAGUAGUGCUCACCCCACUUGUGGUUCUCCGCAACUGGUACUCAGUGACAUACCACGUCUGGCACUGGAAGCAGAACACAGCCAUUGUACCUAGUAGCAUCACAAGACAGGCUAAAUGUUGACUAUGCUUAUGCGCAGUGGCCUGGCCAGGUAUGCUCAACAGAUGAUGGAAAAGACUAGUCCCUGGACAAUUCAAUACUUUGGGGAUUCAGGCAAAUAAUAAGCAGAAGCCAAGGAAGUGUGAGGAGCACUCACUGAUGCUCAAGCCAUGCUUACAAUGUUUUGCUUGCUCUCCAGUUUCUCCACAGAUGAUGACAACGAUACAGAGGUGGAAGCUAUUGAGGUGGACAUGGAGCUGAACCUUGUUACAGAGUGCUGGGUGGAGCCACAAAGUGGCUGUGUGAAUAGUGCGUCAGACAGCUGGCGGCACUUACAUGGCCUGUCUUACCAGAAAAUUCCCAAAGCGGUAUGUUCCUUUGGUGGUGAGGGAAAGGGAAGGCAAACUCUGGGACCAUUACCUUGCAGGGACCAUGACUCACAGCUGAUAUUUCCUGGCUUUUGGUCUUGGGGGUCCAGAAUGGGGGCUGUCCAAAUGCUUUAUUGGUGAGGAGCCUCUGUCAUGAUGAUCUAUCCAGCCACCAUUAUUGUUUGUUGUGAAGACACUACCUGCUCCACCUUGGGGAGGAGUUGCUUUUUUCCCCAUUAGGAUUUUUCUCAUCAAAUACAGUGGUACCUCGGGUUACAUACGCUUCAGGUUACAUACGCUUCAGGUUACGGACUCCGCUAACCCAGAAAUAGUGCUUCAGGUUAAGAACUUUGCUUCAGGAUGAGAACAGAAAUCAUGCUCCGGUGGCGCCGCAGCAGCAGGAGGCCCCAUUAGCUAAAGUGGUGCUUCAGGUUAAAAACAGUCUCAGGUUAAGAAGGGACCUCUGGAACGAAUUAAGUACUUAACCCGAGGUACCACUGUAAUUAUCUGAACAUGAAUUUUACUCCCAUUGGAGUAUAUAUGGACAAGAUUUGUAUACCUGGUUCAAGUUUAUCCUUGGCAUCUCUGUGUCUUAACGGAGUGGUAUUUCUGAAAUGGUAAAGUCUUUGUGUUGCCAAAGCCCUGUGUCUUACUUCAGAUCCCUCUUCCAGCUUUACCCUCGAGAUCUAAUGUGCAUCCAUACCAUGCUUGCCUUUGAGUAUAUCAGCCAGCUGUGCCAGAACAAGGACUGGGUCUUCCCAGCAUGUGAUCCAAGGCCCACUACUGCUGAAGGUGAUUCUCCUAGCAUGGGCUUUCUGGGCAUUUUGAGAUGGGGCUGUUCCUGUGGCUUGACAGAGAUUAUACUCCUACUUUUUGCCGUAGGUUGUGGUGCUGGAAGUGGCUCCCGGGUACAUGAAAUUCCAUUCCAGUUUGACCUCAUGAAGCUAUUGCCAAAGUGUCAGCAGAUUGAAAUGUCCUUCCUGAUGCUGACAGGAGGUAAGUCAACUUAGGCCUGAAACUUUUGCACAUUUCUCCAGGGAAAGGGCAUGGCCGGGGCUCAGUGCUUCUCGUCUCCAGAAUAGCCAAAGCGCGUUAACAAAGAGUGCAUCUGGGCAAUGCAGACUAUGUGUGCCUUUCUUCUGAAUUACCACAGUCUACACUUCUGGGUUUGUAAACCACUUUGAGGGUAUUUUCCUUACAAUCAUCAGUAUAUACAUUUUUUACAUAUACGUAUAACACAACAUAAUAAUAUGUAUAAGUAUAUGCACUUAUAUAUAGGCAACCCCCAGUUUGCGUGGGGGUUGCAUUCUAGGUCAUUGCGCACGAUGGCAGAGCACGUCUAAGCCUGCCCUGUUAUGCCCCCGCCCUUGCCUUAUUCUGCCUCCUUUUCCUGCCGCCUCCAGGGUCACAGUGAUGCAUGCAUGCACUAUCGUGCAUGCUUUGAAUGUGUGCAAAAUGGUUGUUGCCUGUAUAUGUCUUCCAGUCAGAUGGUGCAGGAGACCUCGUCCCUCUUUUUAAAAAAACUUGUAUAUAGGAAAAAUAAGAUGAAAUAGUGAAACCAGUAGAAUUGGAAAUAAACCUCAUAAUGGGAAAGAUUAAGGAAAGUGAUGGAUGAUGAAAAUAAUAAGAAGCAAAAUGUAUAAGGAAAUUAAUAUAACAGUAGUAGUAAAUGAAUACAGACAGACAACAAGAAUUGUAUAAACAGGAGGAUUUGUUUAUGGAUAUACUAUGGACAAAUAUGGAAAAUGAAUAACAAUAUACAAAAUGGAUGGAAAUAAUGCAAUAAAAUUAUAUGUGAUAUAAAAAACCAGAAGAAGGAAGGAGGGAAGUCAGCGCUUAGGAGCAAGUAUAAAUGUAAAAUGCAACAUAUUAUGUGCAUGUGGAGUAUGCAACCGGAAAACUAAUAAAGAUUAUUGGGCGGGGACGGGACUUCUUGCCAUAUCUGCCAUUGAACAUGAGAUGUAAUGAAGCAGUAGGAAGGGAUCUUUGUUUUGAAUCACUGGAACGCCUUCCAAACCCCAUUCCUAUUGCUUUAAGCUGGGCCAGGGAGGUUGGAUGCUCUUGUCUGACUUAGUCCCACGAAGCUGUCAGACCUGCAUGCGCAGUGGGUGGGUGUGCUAGGCUGGGGCAACAGAAAAAUCGGUUUGCUCGAAUUUUUGGUUUUCCACCUAUAAUAGAGGAUGAUGGCAUCGCAAAGGACUCUUCCUUCUUGCCCAAUGAAAUGCUCCUCAGCCUCUUCCAUGGCUGCCUCCAGCAUGACCUCAGCGACAGGGAGAUCAUGCUAUCUGGCACAGAUCAUAUAACCUUCAUGGAGCAGGUGCUACAGCGGGACAGAGAUGGCCACCCGGCCCCAUUUAUGCUCCCAGUGGUCCAAGGUAAGAGGACAUGCAUGCAGCUGUUUCUGCCUUUCUCCAUUCCCCUGCUGGCUUCUGACCAUUUUACGUCCCUCUCAAUAGAGCCUCCCAAGGCCUCUGUGCUCCCUGAACAUCGAGAUCCAGCCAACACCUACCAUUCUGUUGGCAGCAAAGACAGGGCUACCUCUGCAAUUACACAACAGGUACAGCAUCCCCUUGACCUCUGUAUCAAACUGCCAAGGAUGCCAGACCCCAGAGAGCCCCCUGAACUUGAGAGCUUCCUUCUGCUAUUCUCUUCUGAAGGAGAUCUCAGUGCACAUGGGCAACAGUGAGUAGGCAACUGAAUCCGCUCCAGUAGCUUGACUGAGUUGUAACAGUUCUGUCUCAAUCAGUCAUUAUGUUUUUGGAUCUAAAGGGCUAUGUGAAUGACUCACGAGAGAGUUAUCUACCUUUGCUACCAAAAAUGUGUGUCAACACACUUUGCUUGUUAAAUCUGGGUGAGGAGCAGGGUUCCUAUGUCAAAAUGCCAUGGCCAUGUUCAAUUUGACUUUACUGUCUUAGGCUCCAAACAAUGCAGAGGGGUCAAGAGAUGAGAUCUUACCAGCACCUGAGGACCUCUUCCCCCAGUGGCGAUGCUAUGCCAAGCUGGUAAAUCCACAGCAUCUUUUCCUCACCUUCCUACCAGCCACAUUUCCAGGUAAGGCAAACUAUAUCAGAAAGGGAAUUGGACACCUGCCUGAGGAAAUGAAGUCAUACAGAGAUGAGACAGGUGCUCGCCAAUAUUCUGUAGACUGUAGGCUGUGCCAAGGGAUGCUGAAUCCUGCCACAGGUUUAAAUUCUCACUCUUUAAGGACUAGAAGCUUGUUGCUUUGUUUUCUUUAAGAGAACCACCUGAUUGCUUUCUUGUGUGGUACAGUAGGAAGAUUACGGUAGAUGCGAUGUUCUGACUAUGUCGGUUGCUAUAUAUCCCAUGAAUGAAGCCAGGUGCGAUGACAGCAAAUAAUGUGCAAUAAACUCUUACCAUCUUUUCCAGACAUACAGAGGUUGAUGGCUCAUGGGACAGAUAAAUCUUCCAAAGAGCAGGAACCAACACUUUCCCAAGGAGAAAAGGAGCUGGGGACUGCAGGGGUGCUUCCAACCGUCAGUGUUACACCAGCCAAUGGUACCAACUGUGUUUUGGGCUUCCUUGCACCACAGGCAGUCUCCUGUGUUUGGAAUCAGACGGGAGGUGAAGGAGAUAAUGGAGGUUGCAUUAGGUUCUGGUUGUAGGUGUUCAGGAUCAUACACUUUUAGCCAAGGGCGCAAACUUGAAUAGGGUAUACUUAAUAAUUUAAGAUCCAUACACAAGCGUAUCAUUGGGAAGAUGUGCAUGUUUAUGUCAGUCUCUCUUGAACCCUGACACAGGCUUGCUGGAGUGGGUUGGGUGAAGACCCUACUGUACCCCAGAGGGCACUGGGGAUGUUUACACGAGCUGGGUGGGGCUGAUUGUAGUCGAACAACAUCUGCAGGGCACCAGGCUGGGGAACAUCAGUCUAUGUUUCUUGUGACUGCCAGCAGCUCUCUAGCAAGUCACCAGCAAAAGUCUUUCCUACUACCUGCCCACAAGAUCAUUUUAAAACUGGGAAUCCCUUAAUACCUUUUGCAGGCAGAGCACAUGCCUUUCUGCAUGUGCAGAAGGGCAGGGGGAAGUAAUCCCUUAAUACCUUUUGCAGGCAGAGCACAUGCCUUUCUGCAUGUGCAAAAGGGCAGGGGGAAGUAAAGCACUACCUGAAGUGCCUUGGGGCAGAGGAAAGGGUGCACAUUUCAACUGUGCUACUCUAAGUCACACAAGGUGCACUGUGUGCCAUGUCUAUGUGCAUAGAAAGAGCAUCAUUUCCUUCUUUUUUGAGCUGUGAGCUUGAGGCUGCUUCUCACCCUCCAAGAUGUAUCCCAUCUACAGAAAUUGGCCAGGACUCGGGAGAUCCAGACACAGUGCCGAGAAGAGAAGGGCGUAUCUCCUUCAGCCGCCAGACAUCUCAGCUUGACCUGGGCGAGAGCUGCCGAGCCCGCUGCCCUGUCUAUGUCUACAGCUGCUCCUUGGAGCUGUUGCGGGAGCAGAUGAUCAGUCCCAGGCUAGAUAAGCCUCUGCGGGACAUCUUUUUCAGGUGAGCUCAGGAGCACAGGAAACUCGACAGCACCUCUGCACUUGUUGGGCAGAUCUUGGCCUUCGCGGUUGUACAGAGACAAUCACUACUCAGUUUCCAGCCGUUUGGGCAGGGAUAUGUAUAAACUCAUGUAUAUUAGGCCAAGCGCUAGUAUUGCAGGCAGAGCCUUAGGAGAGUGUGCGAUCUGGAGGGAGAACUAAGGUGAGGGAGGAAUGUGGGCCUUGUCCUAGAAUCUAGAUGGUCAAUUUGGAUGAUUUUGUCUUCCAGAAGCCAGUCAGUGGAGCGCCCCACCAGCGCUCCCUGGCUAGAUGCCAAGCACAAGGAAUUGCUGAGUUUUUGUACCUUGCUGCAAGAGCAUUCCCACCAGUGCUAUGUGAAAGGUAAAGGAUCGAUAUUCCCAGGUUGGGUUGCUGUCUCCAGAGUGGGAGGAAGCUGGCUAUUCUGUUACCCCUCUGGGCCUGACUUCCUUCUGGAACACCAGGAGAAGCCCAUGCAGCUGUGGCAAACUUGCAAUUCCCCAUACUUAGAGUCAACCUGAUUGGCAGCUUGGUGGUAUUUAAAUGGGCCACAGCCUCCGCUAGCAAAAUCUGCUGUGUUUUUCGGCCCCCCCCCCCCCCGGUUCAUCAUUUCUGCUGCUUACCGUGUUGCUGUUUCUGGGUGAAUCUGCAGGGCCAGCUAACUCUCUGAUCCUCUGAUUCUUUGCAGGGCUGUUCCAGAGCCUACAACAGGGCCACAGCAUUAGCUGCCCUGAUCUGCUCAUAGCCAUGGAUUAUUGUGAGGAGCUCUUGCAGGAGAUAGACAUCACGAGCUUUCUGCUUACUCUGUGCAACCACGUGCGAUCCUUCUGUGAGCGCCACCAGCACCUGCCCACCAACUUGGAAGGGGAAUUGACGCAGGCCCCCCGAGCACGGGGUGUGCUAGUCUCUGUUUCCAGGUGGGAUGGUUGCUUCCAUAUAGAGAGAUCAGAAUGAAUUGUAACUCUGGGGUGGCUUUGGCAGUGCUGGAAGAAGAUUGUAUCUUGCAGGGCUUCCCUCUGCUGGUCUUGUAUGUAGUGGGUUGUAGCCUAAUAGGUUCCUUCAUCCGUGGCCCCCAAAUGUCAGAAGUUUGCCAGAGUCCCAUUCUGCGCACUAAAAUGGCUCUCCCUCUGUAAUGUUCCAAGCAGGAUUCUGAUUCUGGAGCCAUGCAAGGUUCUGUAUGGGGAAGGGAAAAGCACAACCAAGUCAAAUGCACAUAAGCAACAAAGAGGGCUUGCGGACACUUUAGAUCAGGGAUGGGUUUAAGCUUUUUCAGAGCUGUUUUUAAUAGGGUUCCUUAUUUAUUUUUUAAAUAUUUCUAUUUAUUGCAUGUUUUUAGUUGUGUCUGUUUUAAUUUAUGUUGUGAGCCUUGUGGGCUGCAUUGGAGAAAGGCAGGGCUAUACAUAAAAUAAAUAAAUAAAAUUAAUUGGGUAGGUGUCAGUCUAUAAUGUCGAUUGGCCUUGGUUGAAUUAUUGAAUAUCCAGCCUUCUGUUUUCAGUCAAAUAAGCAGUCAAAUAAGGAUCAAGACUGAAGCUGGGCAAGGAGUCAGAUUACCAGGUCACCCAGUUCAUGUGCAUUUUUGUAAUUGCUAUACUUAAGGAAUUAAUUUGCAUCUCUCAUUCCGUCAUUUAAAGAAUUUCACCUCCUUCCCCACCUUUUUUAAUUAAAAAAAAAAGCUUUUAAGUUUGUUUGGGGUUUUUUUGCCUGUGGAAAAUGAGCUUGCAAAAAAGAAGUGUAAACAGUGCAGGAUAAAAUCUCACAGGGCACAGUUGGGCUGCGUGGAAUUUCCAGCAGUCAAGGAGCAGCAUUUAAAAGCUUUGCAUAGCUUGCAGGAAUAGAAUAAAUUAUGCAAAAUAAGCAAAUAAUUGCAGAGUCUCUUAACAUUUGAAUGAUCUCAAUAUAUAGUGCAGAUAUGUUUAUGCAGAUCAGAUGGUCCUUGUGUAUUUCCUUAACCUAUCAAGGGCAAAUAUUACUUACAGUCAUAACAUGGUGCAGAAAAACUGAUUCUUUGAACAGCAAUCUCAUAUUUUUUUCCCAGGGGCAACAGCUAUUCCAGUUGUUUUCACUGAGUGGCAUGUAAAAGCAAAUGCAGUAAAUGUCACUGCAAAAAAUGAGGAAGGACAUAUAUUUUGUAGGAGAAUGAGAUUCUGUAACCCGAAGUAUAAAUGAUCCCAGGCUGACUGCCACAUCCCUCUGCACAUGAAGAAGAUAACUCAAGCAAACCUGUAGAAAUGAAGGAAUUUGUGCCUCUGUAGUGCAGUAGAAGAGAGCAGGAAGGUUUGGCUUGCAAACUGAAAAUGGGGCAGCCAAAUGGAACUAGAAUGAGAAAGGAGAGGCACUGCGCCAGUUUAAAACAGUACAAUUAAUAAAACCGAUAUAGGGACACAAUAUCACAGGUGUAACUGAUAUUUAUAAUCUGUGGAAAAGGACAAGCCAUAUGCCAACCAUGAAUAUGAUCUAUGAAAGCAGGUGCCACAAACUAACACCACCACCCCCUUUCACCAGAGAAGCCCCAAGUGAGAUGGAUUGGUUGAUGGCCUGUCUGUCUUUUCCCCAGAACCUAAGGCAAGGCGGCUCACAAAAAUUAAAGCAAAAACCAUCUUUACACUCCCAUGUUCUCUAUGGGCUCUUAGAAAGGCUUGUGGUGCAGCAAGCCACUCCAGCUUUCUGGUUUGUGGAUGCAUAAAUAAGUAGGAAGGCUGAGCACAUCUAGCUACAGUAGAGAUUUAUUAAACCACUCUUUUCCAAGUGCCCUGAACUGGAAAACUGUGGUUUUAAGGAUUCCCUAGAACAGGCAUGUCCAAAGUCUGUUACGGGGGCCUAAUCUGGCCCGCCGGUCGGUUUAAUCCGAACCCUGUGGCAGUUUAAAAGGUCAACAACUUUGGUCGGCCCUCACGGCCCUUCACUUCAUCAAAUCUGGCCCCCUUUGAAAAAGGUUUGGACACCACUGCCCCAGAAGUUAAGAUUGGAUUAGAUCCUGGUUUGUAGGGAGCCCUUAAACCAGAGGUUCCCAGUUCAAGCAUAAUGGGAAAGAGUGUCUGCAUCCUUUUCCCCACCCACUCUUUCAACAUUUUAUAUUUCCAACUCCAGGUAAAUUACAUAUGAAACUGAACAAAUCAAUAAAGUUACAAUGAAUAAGUUUAAUUACAAUAAACAUAGUUUUAUUAUUCAGCUUAUUAAAACACAUUUAAGUGAUUGCAUAUCAGGCACUACAACUCACCUUCCUUCACUAUUUGCAUUACUGCCUUCCGCCAGUUAUUCUUCCUCACACUUUCUAUUUGGCUGAAUCAAUAAAUGCACAUUGAUCUGCAUUUAAGGCGUUUAUCCAUUAAUCCUCCCCUAAUCCCUUCAUAGCACAUAGGUUCUUUUAAAAAUCAAUCGACUAAACUUCCAUCAAAUUAGUUUUAGACAGGUUUGAUAGAACUGUAAUUUAGAUGAUUUUUGAGAUUUUCCUCCCAUCUCUAAAUGCUAUAAAAUGGCUCUCUGAAAAGUGUGGCCUGAAGGGGGCAUUUAGGGGAGAGGUAUAUAUGUAAUUGUUUUGUUUUGUUAGUUGGUUCGUUCAUUUUGACAGGAGGAGAGGAUUGGAAUGCCCAUGCAGGUGAACCAAGAGCAUACACUAUUUAUUGGCCACACUUAAGGCUGAGCAAAGCUGAUUCAAACACAGUAUUUUAUGCUCGUGUGUUCAUGGUCAGAACUGGCUAUACUUGUGGAGUGAAUCUGUGAGCAGGGCCCUAGAUUUCUGCUGAGGUUCAGUUCACAGACCCAGCUCCAAUAAUUCCAAUAAUAUUUUUUUUGCACAUGAAGCAGUUCUAUGUGCUCCUGUGCAUAACUCUUUACAGUGGUACCUCGGGUUAAGUACUUAAUUUGUUCCAGAGGUCCGUUCUUAAUCUGAAACUGUUCUUAACCUGAAGCACCACUUCACCGCCGCUGCACGAUUUCUGUUCUCAUCCUGAAGCAAAGUUCUUAACCCAAGGUACUAUUUCUGGGUUAGCGGAGUCUGUAACCUGAAGCGUAUGUAACCUGAGGUACCACUGUAUUUCUGACCCAUUGGGGAUCUUAGGAUGUAUGGGGGAAUAGAGGCGUGUAGGCUGCUUCUGACUGAGGAGCAGGGGAGUUAAGGUUGCAUUAUUUGGAGCACAAGUAGACAGAGCUGCUUGUGACUGACUUCACUCUUCCUUGAACCUGCUGUGCAGUGCUGAGACGGAGGAUUUUAGUGAGCCAGAGUCCCAUGUUUCGGCCUGCCCUCCCCAAGAACCCAACCCUAGCUGCUGUUCAGAGUUCCCCCUCUCUCUGCUAAAGAGCAGCCAGCCUUGCCAGGAGCACCCGGACUUGCGCAGGAUCAUCCAGGUAAGGAGAAAAGUGCUUUCUCUGGGUGAGGUGAGAGGGUAGCUUUGAUGGCCCAAGUAUGUUUCCCACUGUUCCUUCUUCCCGUUCUAGGAAAAGUUCUUGGAGAUUGGCAGCUUGCAUUUCAAGCCAGUGCCGUCCAAUCCUCAUUAUUACUUCUACUGCCCUCCUUCUGCCAAAAAAGAGGUAGGGGGAUAUGCUUGUAUCUUUGCCUCCUUGCCCUGGGAGGCUCCUUUAAGAGGGUCUGGAAGGCUGUAUAAGAGCCAAACUUGGAAGGGUGUGGCACCCAGACUUGAUGCACGUUGCACAUGUGGCUUCUUGUCUCUGUUUUAGGAGGAGGCCUCUCGGGACCAUACAGAUAGGAAAGGUAGUGAAGACGUGGAAAGUUCAGAAACUGAACUGGUGGCGGAUGAAGGUAAGGGAAACUCUUCCUCACUCUGCUGUUCUGAGGACUGCUGUAAUGAUUGGAGAUGCCAUGGCACUUGUAAUCUAGUGAUAUUGGAUUUCGUUUUUUAAACCCUUAAGUGGACUAAGGAAAUUUUAUGUAUGCAUAUGUGCUGGGGAGAGUGCAAGAGUCCUUGAGGACCAGUGCACUGUUUCCCCCUGGAGCUCAGCAAACCAUAGAGCAGGUAUGUGGUCAUACAGAUAUUCCUGGCCCCCACAGUGUAGCAUCCAUGGCCGAGGGGUGUUCAUUAGGUUUGUUGGGAGUCCAUCAACAUCUACAGAUCCCUGCUAUCAAUGCAGGGGAGAGAAGCGUGGAGGAUCCUAGCUUUGAGCUUUCUGGAAUAGUUGAGACGAAGGAAUUGCUAAGAUUAGGUCCCUCCUUUUGGCUAAGAGGCACUCCAGUUCUCCCAAGCUGCAAAUAUUUUGCAUAGAUUUCUAGUCCAUAGAGCUAGCUGUAUAGUUUCCGCUUUCCUAGAAUUGCCUGUUUCUAAUUUAAGAGGUUUAAGAACUCUCAAGUGAACUCCAUUCACAAUACGUCCCAUAGUCCAUGGUGAGGACCAUGCAAUGUCCUCUUUGGCAGCCAGCCAGCUAGAGCCCAGGUACCUUCCGUUGCCUGGGCCUGAGUCUUCUUUGCAUUCUUGCAACCAAGAGAGGGGACGUUGUCAGAAAAGAGUGCAGGAUUGUCCAGAGGGAGGUUUUCACAAUGCUUCAUAGAAUCAUAGAAUUGGAAGGGACCAUGAGGGUCAUGUAGUCCAACCCCCUGCAAUGCAGGAAUCUUUUUGCGCAACAUGGGGGUUUGAACCCAUGUCCCACGACCCUGAAAUUCAGAGUCUUGUACUCUUACCCACUGAGCUGUCCUGCUUGCGGCCUGUUGUACUGCCAGGCCUUUACUGUUGCACUGAAAUUUACAAAGGCCAGCUUUGCCUUCUGCAUGGGAGAAUGCACAUCCAAGCUCGGACUAAUAUUCAUUACCACCUCUCUUAAAAAAAUAAAAAUCAAUCUAUUUACUUAUAUCUGACCACCCAGUCAUAUUAUCAGUGCAUAUUCAAGUAAUUACCCAAUAUUUUGUCUCAGUGUUUUUCCUCCUUAUGCCCAUAAAUCAUGCUUGGUGAUAAUUUGACACUCCUGAUGUUUACUAUUACUAAAUAUAUAUCUCUCUAUAUGUUUAUUUUAUAUACUCUAAUUAAACCACUUGAUAUAUUCCUAACAAAAGACUCCCACAUUUUACAACGCACAAGGCUUUUCAGUCUAGCUUCGGGCAUUUCAGGAACUUGGCCAGCCAGUAGUGCCAGCCUCUUGUGCAUUCUGCUGGCAGGGCUUCCUGUAACAUCCAACGCCAAUCUGUCUCCCUAUUCACAGAGUGAGUGCAAUUGUAGUUAACCCUUUCAGGAUAAACAUUCUUGAGGCCUGGUGCCUUUCACCAAAGCUCCAUCGCUUCUUGAAAGCACUUUGGCUUUUUUCAAACUUGCCCGUAGGCAAUGCUUCCGGCUGUGGCAUUGGAACGGAGAGUGACCCCGAACUGGAAGUAGAGUAUCGGGAACGGCUGGACCACGAAUUUCUAGAAGCCGACUCUCUGUCUGACUCCAACACUGUUAACCAGGACGAGGACUCCUUCAGCGUGCUGGGAGACUCUCUGGCAGAGCAAGAGCUGCUGGAACAGGACAUGCCACCGCUCUUUUUGCACAUGACAUGCUCUGUGAAGCUGCGCAGCCAGCACAGUUCCAUGCCUGUUCGCUCACUGCCCACCUGCCUAGGUGAAUGGAAAUGAGCCCUGGGGUUUGAGGUGGGGGGGAGGGGUGGCAUGGCUAGGGUGGAUGGGCUGCCGGAAGGGAAGAUUGGUUUCAGCCUCCAAGCAAGGAGUGGUGGGUGCUGGGGAGGGAGGGAUCAUAUGCUGAGGCCCAACCUCCUUGGGCGCUUGGCAAGGAAGGCUAAAGUAGCACUGUCUAACUCAAGUAAUAUCUGUUGCUUUCACUAGGGGAGGUACUGGGCUGCUUUGAGAGCUGCAAGGCGCUGCACACCAUUGACCUCUCGGACCUGUGUGUGACACUCGACAUUUUUGUUCUGACCCUCCCCCUGGAAAUCGAAACGGUGAACGAUCUGCAUCACAAUAGGUGGGACUCCAGGGUUGCAGUGUGGGCAGGGGAGUCGGGAAACCACAACAUGCAUGUGGCCUUGGCCAGAUGCGAGGGCUGAGCCUAGUAACUCUUUCCCUGUCCUCGCUACAGGUACACCUCUGAGAGUAGCGUCUCCUUCACCCGUUCCCCAGGGCGGCCCUCCUCCUUCCGCUCCGAUGAGGAGCUUAUGCACACCUUGGACAGGUUGCCCUCCACUGUGGACGAUGGGUAUUUAUCCUCUCCAUCAUGUUGUUAUACUGGGGUGCAGAAAUAGUGAGCCACUGUCCUUGACCAUUGCAUUCUUUUUUUUCCAAGGCACCCAGCACUUUCCAAUCUUCCUGGAGUGCACAGACAAGCUGUUGAAGCUACCAUGACAGAGGUGAGUUCAUUUGGCCCUUGGAAAAAGAGACUUGCUCUGAGACUAGAUUAAUAUUCCUCCCACUCCUGAGCACCCAGCACUGUGUCCUGACUAAGCACCAGCAUUGUGAACCUUGCUAAAAGCAAGGCCGCAACAGGGUUUUCACUUUGCUUAGGAUCUAGACCACCUUGCCUGCUGUCUUUACUGUCACAGAUCCGCUGGCUUUUGGAUGACGAGAUUGUGUCUGCAUUGCGCCAUUCACGGACAAUUACCUCUGGCACUUUGAGCCGGGUGGCUACCCAUGUUUACAGUUCUCAAGGCCGUCCAAGCUGCCACUGCGAAACGGUCCCUUUGCAGUUCGUGUUUGGGCCUGAGAGCUCUCUGGAAAAGUUUCGUGAGGUGAGUGAUCUUUCAAGCUAUUGGUAUGUGAAGCACUUAACUUGGGGCCAGUUUACUUGAGCAGCCACCACUCUGAUAUUUUAUGGGAGGGUGCUGUAUAUAAAUACCUUUAUAAAUAAAUUUUGCUGCCCCAUACUUGGUCACUUAGAUUUGUGGAACUUGCACUUUCACAGGUGUCACAUAAUGUAAAUCUUUAGCAUGCUUUGGAACUUCCUGGCUAUUAAUAUUAGACUCACGCCCUGUCUAUACUGCUGUACAUUCCUGGUGAAAGCUUUUUUAUUUCAGCAAACCUACUGAACCCAUAUACUUUAAAAAUAAUUUUAAAAAGUUUAACUCAUCACCAAACUGGGAGGGGUAGCUAAUUCUGCAGAAGACAGAAUCAGAAUUAAAAAUGACCUUAACAGAUUGGAGAACUGGGCGCAAGCUUACAAAAUGAAUUUCAGUAGGGACAAAUGUAAGGUUCUACACUUAGGCAGGAAGAACCAGAUGCACAAAUAGGAUGGGGGACACCUGGCUUACUAGCAGUACAUGUGAAAAGGAUCUUGGGGUCUUGGUGGACCACGAGCUUAACAUGAGUCAACAGUGUAAUGCAGCAGCAGCAAAAAAAAAAUCUAAUGCUAUUCUAGGCUGCAUCAACAGAAGUAUAGUGUCCAGAUCAAGGGAAGUAAUAGUACCACUCUAUUCUGCCUUAGCCAGACCACACUUGGAAUACUGUGUCCAAUUUUGGGCACCACAAUUUAAGAAGGAUGUUGAUAAGCUGGAACAUGUGCAAGCCAAUCAGGGGUCUGGGAGCUAAUCCUUAUGAGGAGCACUUGAAGGAGCUGGGUAUGUUUAGCCUAGAAAAGAGGAGACUGAGAGGAGAUAUGAUAGCCAUCUUCAAAUAUCUUAAGGGCUGUCACAUGGAGAAGGGAGCAUGCUUGUUUUCUCCUGCUCUGGAGGGUAGGACUCGAACCAGUGGCUUCAAAUUGCAAGAAAAGAGAUUACGACUAAACAUUCGAAAAAACUUUCUGGCAGUAAGAGCAGUGGAACAGACUCCCACAAGAGGUCUCUCCUUCCUUGGAGAUUUUUAAGCAGAGGUUGGAUGGCCAUCUGUCAUGGAUGCUUUAGCUGAGGUUCCUGCAAUGCAGGGGGUUGGACUUGAUGACCCUUGGGGUCCCUUCCAAGAUUCUAUGAUAUUUUUCCUGUGUCUUUAGUGAUGAUUUUACUAUGUGGCCCUUUUGUAGUUUUCAGACUAAGCAGUCUAUAAAUCUUUAUAAAUUUGUUUUCCCCCAUAUGACUUCAGUUUUCCACAGUCAUUUGACCUUCAGCUCCUAAACCCUAAACAACACGCGCCCCCCCCAGCGACACACACACACACACACACACACACACACACACACACACGAGCUACCUUGAUGCUUCUCCAUUCUCAGCCAUUCUGUCUUGCUUUAUGCCUAAGAAACAUGCACCUGCCUUUUGCUUGUUUCUAGACAGUCACCCCGUUCUUCUUUUUUUUGUUGCAGGAGUUCCAGAGAAUAGCCCUACCAGGCUACGUGCUCAACGCUGAAGACAGUGAUUUCUACUAUGUUUCCAUCAGUCGCCUACAUGCCCCCAAAGAUGGGCCUAGCCCCACAGUAACGCUUGAGAGCACCAUGACUGGAGGCAGGUGUGAAAGCAGCAUCAAAACAGAAGGCUCUUUGCCCUGCUCCCCUCCGCCCGAGGAGGCUCAUGGUCUCUGGGCAUGGCCAGCGAGUGAGAACAAGCAGGAGACAGAAGAAUUCCUGGACGUAAGUAGCCAUGCACAUGCUGAGUUGGUAGGGUGAUCUGGAGACGUGGUUUUUUUCUUCUUAGAUGGAUUAUUGAUGCUGUUUGGUAAGGGUGAUUAUUGGGAACGGGAUGUUAUGGAUUGCAUUCUGGUGAUCUCUGCCACAGAGAGGUUAGGCUGGCCUCAACCAGAGCCAGGGCUGUGGCUCCGAUCUGGUGGAACGCUCUGUCACAAGAGACCAGGGCCCUGCGGGACUUGACAUCUUUCCGCAGGGCCUGCAAGACAGAGCUGUUCCACCAGGCCUUUGGCCAGGGCACAGCCUGACUCCCUCCUUCGGCAAUCUUCGCGGAGCUCUGGCCCAAUGGUUGCCAUCAAUUUGAUUUGAAUUAAUUUUAUAAUGAAAUGAUUUUAGAAUGUAGUCUUAUUUUAUUGUUGUUAGCCGCCCUGAGCCCGGCUUCGGCUGGGGAGAGCGGGAUAUAAAUAAAAUUUAUUAUUAUUAUUAUUAUUUGCUGUGAUGCAGUUGUCAGAUGAAGUUCCACAGCCGGAUCAAGCCCAUACUUCGGAGUGUGGCUCCUUGGAUGAGGAAUCUGCAGUGACCCAGCCACAGCCUCUGCCGUGCUCCUUGGAGAAGGGGAACAGUGAGAAAUCUCCCUUAGCAACACCAUCUGUAGUGAGCCUGGCAGACUCUGUGACUCCAGGUAGGGAAGAUGAGCUGGCAUCUCCACCUGAAUUUUGGAGCAGGGGCUGGGGAGUUCAGCCGUGUGGGGCUGCUUUAGCUUAUCCUGCCCCAAACUGGUGCCCUCCGAGGAGAUUUGGACUUCAACUCCCAUAACUCCAGCCCACAUGGCCAAAGGAAAUUGUAAUCCACAGCAUCUGGACGGCAUUGUGCCAUAGACGGCUGAUUUAGACAAACACUAGGUCGUUAUAUUACCUUACUAAGCAGUUCCUUUUUAAAAUAAAUAAAUAUACUUUUCAAGUUUAUACAUUUCACUACUUUUGUACUUUACACUAAUUUUAACAAUCAUUUUAACAUUUCAAAACUUGACUUUCUUCCCCCUCUUUCUGCGGUUCCUUACAUUUAUUUUUAAUAUCCUCUGCCUAUCCAAAUUAACUGAAUUUGCUCAUUUAUUCAUCUACUUCAAAUAUAUACUUUUAUAAAACUGCAGGGUAGUACAGUAAUCCUGGCAAUGGUCUUAUCUGUUUAUAAUUUAUCUUCAUUUCUUAUUCUUCUGGUAAGUUUCACCAUUUCUGCGUAUUCCAUAAGUUUUUGUAUCCUUUCUUCCUUUCCUGGGACUUCUGCUUCUUUCUAUUUUGGGGCAAGUAACAUUCUAGCCACUGUAGUAGCAUACAUGAAUAAGUUUCUAUACAUUUUAGGUAGUUCUGUCCCUAUAAUUCCCCAAAGAAAAGCUUCUGGGCUUUUUUUUUACAGAAGUUAUUUUAUAAUAAUAAUAAUUUAUUAUUUAUACCCCACCACUUUGGGCAGCUUCCAACAGAAUAUUAAAAUACAAUAGUCUAUUAAACAUUAAAAGCUUCCCAAUAUAAUAAUAAUUUAUUAUUUUAAACAUCCUUUUCAUUUCAUUAUACAUCAUUUCCUAGUUAAGCUUUAAUCUUACUACAAGACCACCACAUACAAUAAAAAGAACCUUCUUUCUUUUAAGCAGUUCUGUUUAGCUGAGCUAUAAUUGGUAAGAUUCUAAAGUGCUGGUUAUGACCUAUAAAACCCUAUAUGGCUUGAGCCAAGGCUACCUGAAAGUUCAUAUCUCUCUAUGGGAACCUGCCCAAUGUUUGAAUCCUCAGGUGAGCACCUUCUCUUGAUCCCAUCAACAUCAGGACCCUUCUUGGUGAUGGCACCAGAGAGAGACAUAUCUGUGGCUGCUCCCACACUGUGGAAUUACCUGCCAAGAGAGGCUCCCUCUUUGUUAUCCUGCUGACAGGCUGAGACCUUAUUCAGACAGGUCUUUGAAAACUAAGAUGCAGAUGAUGCUGACCACUGGACAAAACUGUACUUUGAUUUUGAUUUUAAAUGUGCUUGUCUUUUGAACUGUUGUUUUAGCUGGUCGGGGGUUUUUUUUUUAUUAACUCGGCAUUUUAUAAUGAUUUUUAAUGUUGUAAGCUACCUUGAAUCCCCUUAUAGGAGAAAGGUGGGAUAUAGAUAUAAUAAAUAAUGAUGAAUAAUACUUGGGAGAGGCAAAUAAAGGAAAGUGCCCUCAUGUAUCUGGGGCAAUGAUCCUUUGCGCUCCAUGCAUAAGCAUGCGUGUUGUGGGGGCCAUAACCCUUAUUUUGCCCUAAUAGCUCAUGGCCCUCAGCCAAGGUGUUCGAGGUCUGCUUCUCUAGGUUAUAUAGGCAUAACAAGUUACUCAUGCUGCCCCCUGCCCCCUUUCCAAUUUCAACAAGUAGUAUAAAAAUCCUGCGGUUUCCUAGUACUGUCCAAAAUUUGCAGAAAUUACAGAAAUUCAGGAAAAGCACAUUCUAUAACAGGAAGCCAUGCAAAACCAGUCUGUGAAACUGGUCAAAAGGAAGAAUUCCUGGGGCCAAGCUAACUCAGUUUCCUCAAGCUCUUCAUGUUUCAAUCCUAGAUAUAUAAAGCCAGCUGUAAUAAUAUUGUACACCCAAUCUGCUAGCGUUUUAAAAGGGAUGUGUGUGUGUGUGUGUGUGUGUGUGUGUAUAUAUAUAUAUAUAUAUAUAUAUAUAUAUAAAAAACCGAAAGGCUUUUCAGAACCUAGAGGCUGGCUGGGUGCUUCUUCUUCAAGGGACAAGUGCUUCCAUCAGUCUCUGAGGCUGCAGUUGAUUGUCAUUGCAGUUGUGCUGUCAGUCCAAGAUGGAUUCUCCAUACUUCUGCUGGCACUGGGAAGCUGUAGGAAGGUGGUUAUAUUUGUUGAAACAUCAGAAGAGUAUUGCCGAGGUUUCGUGUGGAAUUUGGCUCAUGAUGAUCCUCUGAAAGCGAUUAAGCGACUGCCUUUUAACGCCAUAUAAUGGAACUUCUCUGCCUUACCAGUUCAUUAAGCUGGCUUUAUUGCCACUCUGUUAGGUUUUGUUUCAGUAUUCUGUUGUGUUCAGGUCAAUCAGCCUCUCUUCAGAGGAAAAACGCUUUUCAGCUCUCCCUUUUGUGGAAAUAGGAUUAGAAAUGUAAGGAUUACAUGGGGAAGUGCCAAGUACUUGUCCAUGCUCCUUUUUAAUAUGCAAAUGCCUUCCUCGUUCCAAGGAGUGUGUUGGUUUCACCUACUUCAUCAUUCUUGAGAGGCCUUUUGGUGCCUUUUACUUAAAUACACCAUUUGUUCCCUCAUAUUUUCAAUUGUGCAUUGAGAUUGAACAAAAAUAUGCCAUUUCACACUUGCGAGAGAACGGCUGUUUAUUCAAGUUAGCAUUUUCACCCCAGGCCUGACUGUAAUAGCAAAGUCUCUCCCUCUCUUAGGGGUGUCCAUUAAAGUGCCUUUCUUUGUAACUAUGCUCCAAUAUUGAUUUUUCUGUAAUCAAAACCACUUUAGUGCUGUUGGGCUCAUGAGAUUGUAAGCUCUAAAAGGCUGCCAUGUGUCUUGCUGUCGGGCUUCUUUAUGAAGUCAAUCUUGCUUUGUUUCUUACAUCAAACAACCUAUGCAGCAGACGGGGUGAAAAAAAGAAGCCAACCGCUUUGUGACAUGCUGAUCCCCUUUUUCUUCCUGGGUUUGUUUCUUGUUGCCUGGGCUUGUACAUGCACAGUUUGGGGGGGAAAGGCCGGUGCUUAGAUUGAAAUCUGGCCCCAGAGCAAGGAGAGAGUUGGGGGGACCUAGGAGACCUCAGAGCAGUCUCUCACUACCUCUCUUUCCUUACAGGCUGUGGGAAGCAGCGUCCCAGUCGGGUACAGAGCCUGGUAUCGAGCCAGGGCAGUAUGGAUUCCGAUCUCCUAGGUGAGUGGAUGAGCCGAGCCAUCUUUUUGUGUGGAAGAGACGAUAAGUCAGUUCUCAGUUGGGUGGAGGCAGGUUUGUGGCAGAGUGACAAGUUGCUCAGCUGGGAUUAUUUUGCCUUGAGGUCCAGGUGCAUCCACUUUGUGGAGAUGGGAGUGCAAGGGAACCACCAUGAGCCUCUCUCUGCCCUUGGCUUCUUGUCAAAGAUGGAUUGGCCGAGCCACUCAGCAGAGGCGGUGAAUUUUCAUUUCUUAGGCUAUGAUGGCGGGAGCAGUGAUUCCGAAUGUGAGGAGGCAAUAAUGAGUGACCUGGAACCCAAGUGCCCUCUCAUGCCUGACUUCUGGCUGAUUGUCAAAAUCCACCAGGACCGGGUGGAAGUCUAUUCCCACACACGGUAACAUCCCCUUUCCCAUGCCCUGCUCACCCGGGGAUUCUGGUUCCCAAACUGGCAACUGUGGCUUUUACCCCAAGCUCUGCAUGCAGUUUCUCCCAAUCCCCCUGAUCUUAGCCUUGUGUUGUAUAGCUGGCUUCUGAGUUCUCCAGACUUCACGUGUCUUGCUUUUUCCAACAUGUAGCUAGCUGGCCUUGUUCCUCUGCCAGUUUUGCGCUAAUGCUGGGAAAGGUCAAAGAGCCCAGGCCAUGCCAGUCAUAGAUCCCUCCCCCAGUACUCAUGCAUUUUUAAGCACUUGCCAAUGCUCCACCCAGUUUUUCAUUGUUGACUGUGUUCAGUUCAUUACUAACUAUUGAGCAGGAAAAUAUAUUGUGCAUAUAGUCUGCUGUUGUGGGAGCUCUCUCAAAAGUUCUUCUGAGCAGUCUCCCUUUUCCUUUCUGUACAGCAGCUUGAGUGCGGUGAAAGCAACGCAGAAUGAGGAAGGGGAAUGUGUGCAUCUUCACCGCACAGUGGUGAAGAAAGUUGGUGAGAUCUGCCGCCUUGUUAAUCAGGUAACUCUGGCACAUUCGGUCUCUCUACACUGACUCCUUGAUAGCAGGAAUAUCACCCUACUAAGUUCCAAAAGUUGAAUUUAACACAUUAGCCAAUGUGUUACAAAAUAUUUGACAGCUACAGCUUUGGCCACUGGAAAAACCACCCAGAUCUUUUCUGCUUGUGGAGCCUUUAAAGAGAAACUUCAUACAUAUAUAUCUAUGCACUUUUAGAUAUCUUUUCACCUUAAACAUGAGGACUGAGAUGCUGACAUUUUAAAUGAGGAAGCUGGGAUGUACCAGCUUCAUCACAUUCUGGUAUGAUUACAAUCGUGCAGACAGAGAUUGCACUUGAAUUUCAAGGCAGAUACUAGUUUCUUCUACAGCCAGGACUCCUGUUGUGAGGAAGCAUUAAGUCCAUCUCUGCGGCCCUUUUUUGUCCACAGCGGCUGCUGCUACAGGAUCUGCACGACAGUCAUAAUUGCAAUUCCCUGCUUGUUGCUGAGAGUGAGGAGGAUAUCUGGAAAAGUGAAACGCCGUACACCUACCGGCAGCGCACUGGGCCUGAUGGUAGGAGUGCAAAGUGGUAUCCUUAUCCACAAUAACAUUGUGCUGAGCCUUAGAGCCUAGAGCAGGUGUAGGAAACCUUUGGCCUUACAAAACUUACAACAUCCCUUAACUGGGGCUGAUGGCAGCUGUAGUUCAGCAACCCCUGCAGGGCCAAGGGUUCCCUACACCUGACUUAGAGACUCUGCUUUCCCACUAGUUUGGCUGUGCCCUAGUUAUAUUAGAGGCAGGCUUCCUACAGACCACAGGAUGAGAUUCCUCUCUUACUCUGCCUGUUGUGGCAGGGCAGUACUUGGGGAAGUGACAGCUGAUGAAUCCUUUUCAUUUGCCGUUUUGUCGCCACUUUGGUGGUGAUGCACCGUCCUGCUUUUCAGGGCAAGCUCUGUAGGUUCCCUGUUUAAAGGUACUUGAGGUGUGUGUGUUUGCCUUUUAAUCUUGUGGCACAACUGUACAUGAAGGAGGGAAGUCUGUGUUGUGUAGAUGGCUUUCAGAGAACUCUGUGGAGGGCUGCCUUGCUGAAUUGCAUUUCCCGCUGUGCAGACUACCCCGGAGAGGAGAGCUACCAGCCCCAUGACUAUCUGGCAGCCACCAUGCAGUUCAUACCUGGACACUUUGCUUGCGACGCAGUCUGGAGCACCACCAUCCAUGUGCAUUCACGACUCAAGAUGGGGCCCAAUAUGGGUGUUGCACGCGGUGAGUAUAUGGAUGCAGGGAGCUCUGGCUAUUGGGGAGGCGUGUGAGGAGCUAUCCCCAGACUCCCCGUUCCUAGGCAAUGAGUUCUGUCUUGUCAUGGUGCCUUUUUGCCCCCAGCUGUGGCACACUGAUGAUACAAAUUAAUUGUUAGGAUUGGUGUGAGGGUCGGAUUAGCCAAAUGAUGUGGAGGGCGGCUUGAGUUAGGCUACAGACAAGGUAGUUCUGCCACAAGCUCCUUACAGGAAGAGGGAGCCACAAAUACAGUGGUGAUAAAAUGCACAGAAGGGGGAACUUGUGUAACAAGUGGGAGAAUUUUUCAAGAAGCGACUUUGUGUUGAGGGGGAAGGGAAGCUUUUAGUAUAAAAAUCUGAGCAAGUUCAUUUAUUAGAAGAGAUCCUAGCGUUGAGGUAAGGUUUCAUCACAGAACCAGCUGUAUUAAAAAUAGCUCCCUUUUAAACUCUGUUAUAAAACCCUAAUACAGGCUAGCUACGAUCUAAAAGAAACUCAAGUGUUUGAAACAAAGAGACUUUUUUCCCUCCCAAAUAUGCCCUGAUAAGGAACACCUUAGCUUGAAACAUACAAGGAUUUGAUAUUUCUCCAUUGGAUACCCUUAGUACAUAUUUAUUGCAGCCACCAAAUUGCAGUGAUCUUUUUCAAAAAGUGGGUAUGUUGAGAAUGGGCAGUAGUUAUGAGGAUUAGGCUGGAUUAAUAUUUGGGAAAUAAAAUUGAAGAGGGGCGUGUGCUGUGCUGGUUUUUGAAGAUAGCAGUGGGUGGUGCAUUUGGGUCAGACUUUGCAACUUGUAAGCCAUCUCUCUCCCCCCUGCAGCCAUCCAGGCCCUGCGUUCUGUGCUCAAUGCUUUCUCAGUUGUGAACAGGAAGAAUAUGUUUGUUUACCAGGAGCGCUCAACCAAGUCUGUUUUCUAUUUACGGUAAGUUCGCCAUUCUGUCAUACGGCACCCCACAAGCAAGGGGACCGCCUUGACCUGUGGUGUCUUCAUCUCCUCUGCUGGUAUCUCCUUUUGGAAUGUCCUUCAAGUCCAUUGCCCUUGGUGGUGUGGUGUAGUGGUUAAGAGCGGUAGACUCGUAAUCUGGUGAAUCAGGUUCGCGUCUCCGCUCCUCCACAUUCACCUGCUGGGUGACCUUGGGCCAGUCACACUUCUUUGAAGUCUCUCAGCCUCACUCACCUCACAGAGUGUUUGUUGUGGGGGAGGAAGGGAAAGGAGAAUGUUGGCCGCUUUGAGACUCCUUUGGUUAGUGAUAAAGCGGGAUAUCAAAUCCAAACUCUUCUUCUUCUACUUUACCCUCUCCUCUUUGUUACUCUCUCCUCCAGACUCUCUGAGACCACUUCCAGUGGGAAGGGUGGUGAAGCUGAAACCCAGAGCCUUCCAUGCCGUUCACUGGCCCUUUCGCGCAGCCAGGAGCCCAUAUACAUGGAGGACCUGAGCGUGAGUCUCUUUUCCUCCCAGGGAACCCCUGCACCCUUGCUGCCGAGAGCACAAGAGCGAGCAUGCCGGCUGCACACAGCCUGCUCUCUGCUGUCUUUCCAGGAGUGUUGGGAGGCAGCUCCAUCUUCUCAAUUUCUUCCGUUCUCCUUUGAUAGGGCUCUCGCUCCUCUUUGGAGACAGCCUCUUUCCGCAGUGUGGACUCAGCCCGCCCGGUGAGCCAAGUGGACAGGCAUAUACAGCUGGUGGUUCAUGGAGUUGCACCGGCAGGUAAGUUGCACAUUCAUUCAAUGUAAAGUCAGAGACGGGAGGCUUAUUGAGAUCUUGCUGCUGCUAUCAAGCUACUUGUCCCCCGAGGUGUUUAAAGACCAAACGUUAGAUUUAGUAACUCUGUCUCUUUUAAGGUGUGCUUUCCCAACCUGGUGCCUCCCAAAUGUUGUGUCGUUGGACUACGAUUUCUACCAUCUACUUUGCUGGCUGGGGCUGAUGGGAUUAUAGUCAAAAACAUCUGGAGGGCACCCGGUUGGGAAAGCCCACCUUAACAGGAUUUUAAAAAUAUAUGUUGCAUUGUAGCCCUUUCUGCAACAACAAAGGGAAAUGCAGCCUUUUGCUCCCUUCCCAUUCUUUAGUUCAUCAGCUCUCCAGAAUCUUGUGUUAAUGUUUUGUUUCCUCUGUAAUUUAAUAACAAGCCAUUGACAUUCUUUUCCCUUGUGGUUUUGCUGCUUCUGGCUUUUCCUUCAGACAGCCGUCAGUGGGAAAGCCUGGCUGCUCUCUUGUGACAUAGUUUACUGUGCAGCACACACAGAUCAUUGAUCUGGAACACAACUAAUGUAGCAGUUGCAAAAAGAAAUGGCAGGUGGAAACCUGCAAAGGCACAUAGGUAGCUUCCUUUUUUUCAUAUACCGUCCCAGACUUUGGUCCCUCUAUUGUCUACACUGACUGGCAGCAGAUUUCCAGGGUUUCAGACAGGGGUAUUUCCUAGCCCUACCUGGAGAUGCCAGGUUUGAACAUGGGACCUUCUGCAUGCAAAGCCGUUGCUCUGCCACUAAAGCUGCAGUUGUAGGAGGGAGUGGAUAGGUGCUAAGGUAACCCUCAGGAACAGUAGCCAGACUGCGUGGGCUGUUGAAAAAUGGAGCAUGCUGGGUUUGGUGUCGGGUGGCUCAAGCGUAAGAGAGCUCAGCAUCUUGUAUGAGACAAAGGCUACAUCCUGCAACUCUUCUGCUCCUAUAGGACCUGAGAUCACAGAUGAGCUAGUGAAGGUUCUACGCAGGCGCCUAGAUGAAGCCACCCUGGACAUCAUCACAGUCAUGCUCGUGCGGAACUGCAAGCUCACCCCUGCUGAUGUGGAGGUAAAGGCCGUGCUUCAAAUAGGACAAGACCACCUUUUAUUUCUUGGCUAAAUCUCCAGGCCUCUGGGUUGGAUGUGCUCAGGCUGUAUCAGACCAUUGACAAGUCCUUCUCUGUGCAGUUCAUACAGCCUCCAGGAAGCCCUCCUACCGAAGUGCUGCAGUUCACUCUGCCCCCCUCAUGCCUGCCCUGGCUCCCGGCCAUAGCCUGCUACCUGCGCCAGAACCUGCUGAUCUUCCUGCAUACACCCAAGUACACAGACAGCAACAUUGAGAACCAUUUCAAGGUAAAAGGAUGGGUGCCUGUGCCUGGCCUGGUGCUGCCUAUUCAGGGGGUGACUUCAGUGUUCGUCUCUUGUAGAGGACUACGGGAAUAUGGGCAAAGGGCAAAGGCGUGACGAGCAUCCCAGGGGUAACAAGGCUAGGCAUGGAGGUGUAAACAGAUCAUAGCAUGCUGGGUUCUGGAACAGAAUGAGAGGCACAAACAAGGAUGAGAAUUUCCGGCAGCCUCAAACAUCUCUACCCCUAGCUUGAUCUCAGUCGCUGAGGACCAGUCAUACAGGGACUGUUUUUAUGGUUAUGUGUGAUCUACUGCUAUGUAUCCUUCAAUGGACUGGAAAAAACCCCAAUGUCUAUGACAGUGUUCUAUGCUGGGAAAUUCUCUGCCAUAAGAGUAGUAUAUCAUUUACUGAGAUUAAGAGCCUACACGAUGUAUCCCACACUUUUGGUCCUCAGGACCUCAAAGGCAGCUCUCCAUGUUGAUGAAAAUGCAGCUCCCGGAAAUAGUCUGAUUUAACUAUUCUUGCUUUCCUUUUCAGCACUAUUUCCACCAGAGUAGCAGCAGUAGCCAUGACCUGGAUCUCUAUCUGUACAACAAGCCUGGAGGCCAGGGCACUGGUGGCAAAGGUAAUAAGUGUCUCUGUCGUACCCCCUAAUUCUAUAGAAGAAAAUGGUCCUAUGCACCCUCUCUGAAUCUACUGUUGCUUAAUCCAUGUGAGUCAGCUGACUAAGACCCCCGGCUUCCGUUUUGUCUACUGCUGUGCCAGCCAGUAGUAGGGUAGAGAGGAGUUCAUAAAUUAGUGAGCUCCACUCCCCAAAGGCCUUAUGAGUUGUGCAGUCAUGGUGGCUCCUGCUCAUUGGAGCUCAUUAAACAUCUACUGGGGGGCUAAAAAUGAACUGACUUUUAGGUGAGAGCACAGUAAUGAGCUCUAGGCAGACGUCAAGUGGGGAGUCAUAUGGUACUGUGGGCGUCAGUUGGCAGCCUAUGGACUGUUGGGAGCUCCCAGUGGUGGGAUACUGUUAGUUUGUGUGUCUGUGUGUCUGCAUUGUGCCAUACACUUGCCUCAUAUCCCACCUGCACUGUGGUCUGGUUGUGUGGGUAACGCAUCACCUCAAAGUGUGUCUGAACAUUCUUCUGUCAUGUAGGUUCCAUGCUGGAUCUUGUGCAGCACCUGUUUCCACCUUCCCAGUUUCAAGGUAGUUUCUGUAGAUUCCAGUGGUCCGCUGUACUUUUUCCAGCGCUGCUCCCAUCCUCAUUUUGACCUUGUGCCUGCUGUUGUUCUGGCUUCUGCUCUGAUGCCUCCUGUAUCACCCACUUUCUCCCUUCUGUGUAGCCACCCACAUCUUUCCCAUUGGGUAGUUUCCUAACCCAUAUACUUUGGCCACGAGAAGACCCCCCCCCCACUGGAGAUGAGACUCAGGUUAAAGAAAUCACACUGACUCCAGAUAGAAAUGGCUAGAAAUGGCUGCAAAUUUGCUAUUUGCUUUCAGACAGAGAGAGAGAGAGAGAGAGAGAAUUUCACUUCUGUCAUAGCCUCCUUAGUUGUGGGAGUGAAAGGUCUUGCGGGUUUCAGAAAAGAUGGAUACAUUUAUGGAGCAUUAUUUGUUGUGGCGCCUCAUUUUGUACCAUGGGAUUAGUAAAAGAUUUUUCUCUUGCAUAAACUUGGAGCUGGGAGAAGAGCUUAGUGAGGCUGUGAUGUUGCAGCUGGUGACAUCAGCUGAUGGAUAGAUUGAGAUUACCGACCUGGUGUGCAUUUGGGGAUGCAAAGUAAACACCCUUAUAAUUGGUCUGAGUAAUCUUCAUACAGGGGACCAGGCAGAACAUUUUACCUGUGCCAUAUUUACCCAGGGUACUAGAAGUGGAAGUUGCUUCAUUCAGUAGCAUGUGAACUGGCUCACUUGGUCCCUUGUGUCUUUGUUAGCAAGCUUUCUAGUUGCAGGCUAUGUCUGUUCUGUAGUUAUUUAGGUAGCUGAAUGUAAGAAACUACCUGGUCUUGGGAUUAUAUGAUUGGCAGCGAGACAAUUAAUGCCGCUCGCCCUUCCUUCUUUCCCUCUGUUCUCAUCUGGCUGCCAAGUUCAUUGAGAGCAGGGAGAAUUACAUCUGUGGGGACAAUUGCCGUAAGCCUGGAGUAGACUUCCCUUCCCGGCAGGCACUGCUGCAAGCAUUCCUUUUCCUUCCAUGUGACCCCCUUGCAAAGCUGACAGGAGACAGGGUGCAUGCUGGGAGCCUCCUUGAAGAUAGGGACCUAUGGGUGCUAUCUUCUGAUUGAAAUGAUAUGGUAUACAGUGCCUUUGCCAAUGUCAUGCCCACCUUCUGCUUAGUGGGAGACUCUCUACUUCUGCCUGUGACUUGUUAGUUUUCCAUUUAGAAGCCUACAGUGCUGAUGUCCAGGUCCUGAGCCCUUAAAUCCUUGCAUAUCCUUCUGCAUGUUGUCAUGAAAAUGUCAGUAAGACAGUGUGUGAUUCCUAGUGCAACCACCUUGCCUUUCCCUUUCUCCUCCCCUGGGCAUUAAUCAGUGUGGCACAUGAGCAGUCAGAAGGAAGGUUAGAAGAGCCCAAACGGUGCCCCCUCAUUUUUUCCAUGGAACUUCCACCUCCCACUUUUCUGAGGGACUCCUGGCAUGAUCACACUGCACAGCAGUGCAAGCUGGAGUGCAGUGCAGUGCAGGGGCUGAGCUGUUUGCUGCACCAGGAAAUGAUGCCCAGAGAGAUGUGAUCUGUCUCCUGUCCCGUCCUUGGUGCUUUUGCUGGUUGGGCUUUGCUGAACCUGUGAUGAAUGCAUCCUUUCCUUCAGAUGACAGCUUGCAACCCACAUCCCCAGCAAAUGCAGGCCUCUUCCCUAUCUCCGUGAUUGUGGUGUCUUCCUUGGCUACAUGUCUUCCACCCCGACCCCUCCUUCCCACCUGUGACUUGUUUCCACGUUACUUUUUUUUUUAAAUCACCCUGAGUUGCAUUCCAAAGGAUGGCUGUGUGUCUGUAACAAGUUCCCUAAGGCUGUGGUCUCCUAGGAGCUCUAUGCUAGUGGAGGGCUGGGCCUCUGGGACUCAAGCGGCCCUUUGACUUUCCCCCUGCAGGCAUUGCAUGCAUUGCCCUAUCCUUUGUGGACGACCGUGGAAAUCCCAUCUCAUUGACUCGCUGGGUGAGACCACCCACCGCAUUGCUGAGCACAUCCUUUCUCCAGGAGGCAGAUUUCGAGAGCUUGACAGCUGUCACUAAGCACCAGGCUGAGCCUGGCACAUCACAGCCAGGUGAGAAGGCAGGGCUUCUGUCUGCUCUCUAGGAACGGUGGCAUCAGAUGGGCAAAGUAAUUGGGCUUGAGUUGGCUUGCCUAGAAGCCUAGGGAGCCUGGUUGGUAAGAGGCCAGCAUUGCCGUUGCCUUUUCCAAGGUACAUCCUCUUGACGCUGGCUUUUCCUCCAAAGCACUCUGUCCUCUGGUGCGCCUGGACAUUUGGGAGAAGGGCAACAUCAGCCUGCUGCAGCUCUCCGAAAGGCUGCGCAGUGCUCUGCGCCAUGCCCUCUGCGACGCCCUCAUGGAGUUCCGUGUGCUGCCCAACCCACUGUGUGUCAAUCCAUCUGCUGAGCCAGAGUUUCCAGGGAGUGUUGGAAGCCUGCGGCGGACGAUGUCAGAAACAAAAGGGUUGACGCCGCCUGGCAGACGCCGAGGAGCGUGUCCACCUGCCCCACAUUUCACUGUGCCCACUGCAGCUGCUGGUGAGCCCGUCACACCCACCAACAAGUUGGGGAGACGAAGCUUCUGGGACAUGCGGGUAAGGACUCUGUCCAGGGAAGAUGGCGGUGGGAUAUGUAUGCUCUGGGGGUGGUGAGAAAGAGAGAGCCCAGAACCAAGAGCUCUGGAUUCAAGAACUGUUACAGCAAAGUGCCAACCUGCACUAACUUACAACCACCAAGUGAAACACAGUUCGCCAGCCAUGGAUUGUGGUCUGUCAGAUGCUUGGCAAUAUGUCUGUUUUUUGUCGUGCCAGGCGAGCUUGUUAGAUCAUAUAUGGCUUUGCUCUGGCAUAGUAGCUAAGAAUAUGAUCUGCUCUGCCAUGAGGUCCAUGAAGGAGCUUCAGGCAAGCCCCUCUGGUCUCACAGUGCAACCCUGUGCCUGUUUAAGCAAAUUUCACUGUGUUUGUUGUGACUUACUCCCUAGUAAACAUGUUACAGAUGAUAGCCACAGUCUCCACCCACUGCAAUUCAUGUAUUAGGAUGCCUAGCCGUCUUGGGGCUGAGGGCCACUUUGACCCAGAAUCAAACCUCAGGGGGGUUAUUGCGAAAAUAAAGUGCUAUAUAUAAAUACUGAGUUGUGCAAUACAGCUUGUGCAAUACAGAUCCUUGCUGGCCUGAAACCGUCUGUGCCAGAGAAAUGGGAAAUAGGCCCCAUGCAUUUCUUUCUCUGUCUCUUCACGGCCUUGUUUUUCCCCCCAGAGCAAACCAGAGGCGGUAGAGCAAGGGAGCCCCAAGACCACGGAUGACAUAGUGCUGGAGCGGCCCGAAGAGAGCCGAACCCGCCGCCGCCACAAGACCGAGAGUGUGAAACAGCCCUCGAGCCACGAACGUGUUGCGGCAGCUUCUGAGCAGGGGCAGGCCCAGAGGCAAGCGUCCUGGCAGUCUUUCCCCACCCUCUUAAUCCAGUGGGACCUUGUGGGAGGGGGAAAUGCCUCAGUCCAAAACCCAGCCUUUAAUCUAUGAACUGGAUUGUGUGUGCUUCUGCACACACAGAAAAACUCCUUCCCACACCCCCAAGACUGGCCCUCCCUGCAUACUGCGAGGACAGCGCUGGUGCGGCUGAGUACGGAUUGUGCAGGAUUAUGGCUGCUGGCUUCUGGGCACUGUAACCUUUCACACACUUCAGGGGCCUGGCCCAGGGUCCUCGUUCUUUCCCUUUGAUUUUAACCUUGGCAGUGGAUCUCCUCUUUGCAGACGCCGCGCCUGCCAGCUAGAGGAGGGGGAUGUCGGAGUCCUGCACCCAAUUUUCAGCCAGACCUGCCAGUCCUGGAUGGCAUUCAUGAACCGCCUGGGUAUGUACUUAGUCUGUGCCCUAAUCCUUCAGUGCCUCAGCUAGUCCUGCCUUCACUCAGCAUGGAGAGAUUCUACCUUCAAUUUUGUUUUCCUGAAGAAUAUGAGAUCCCAAGCUUCUUAGAAAGGAAGCAGAGCCCCAUGGGCGAUACCCAACUAAGACAUACGUAGUGGAGUUAGGCCCAUUAGAUUGAAUGGCGGUACACUAAGUAACUUAAGUCCAUUGAUUAAAUGGAUCUAUUCUGAGGAUGACUAGCAUUAGGUAUCGACCCAUGUCUAACCGCUGUCUUGGGGAGAAAAGCUUGCAAACAUGAGGUUAAUUGGUUAAGGCUCAGAAACCAGAUUAAGAGCAAAUAGGUGUGGCUUUGGCUUGUGUACCCUGUUGAGCAUAUGCACCUUUCUUAUUGACCACAUGCUUCCCUGUCUCUCUGCUUAUACUGUUCCGAGCACGGAAUUCGGGGCUUUUUGACCUAGAACAUGGAAAGGUUCAUGCAAGCUCUGGGUACAGGUCCCUCUUUCCAAUAGAUGCAGGAAUGAAUGCAGGUGCAGUGAGUGCUGAUUGGUUUGCCUCCAUUCCCCUUUGUUGGAUAUUUUGACUCAGGACAGCAACCACCAGGCUGAUGGUGCCACAAAAUGGCCCAAUUUAUUUAUUUUUAAUGCUUUGGUGCAGCAAAGCCAGUGACCCACUUUGUAUUUCCCUCUGCAGGGUGUCCCUCAGUGCAGCAAUGUGCCACGGAAAGUGUGUCUCGCUUCCUGCUCCCCUCCAUCAUGCUUGAGGUAGUGAACCUAGUCACUACUUUGGCAAAUGACACCACUGUCAAAGUGUUUGAAAAAGUCAGGUAGGUGCUGAGGCUGUGCUCCCUUGAAGAGUAGCUUGCUAGAUCAGUUGAGAGGCAGCCACUGGAAAUGGCCUGGGGGGCUUCCUUAGCAGGGUGGGAAUGUUACGUGUGGGAGAGGGGACUGGGUCUAUAGGACGGGUGUUCUUGUGCCUUGACUUAGCUGCUUGUCCCCUGCUGCAGUGGUCCCCAAGGGGCGUCCUUUGUGCCACAUUCCCUGACACCAAGCACCAGCACUCGGCCAGCUGUCAUUCGACACUUCGCCCUGCUUGGACGCAGCUUCCACCAGUGGCACUGCAGCACAGAGCAAGGUGAGUUGAGAGUGGGGAGCCAGAAAGGGGCAGCAGGUUUUUUUAAUAUCUCUGCGUAUAGGCAGGAAUCUCGCAAACUGAACUCAGCUUUGUGGUGGUGUCUUGUCUCAUUCAGCCACCAAGGGAUUACAGCGUUUUGAGGCCACCGAGCUUGGGUCUGCAGAGAAAAGUUGUGAUGUAGCUCCCCGGCAAAGAUUUCUUUUCAUGGAGAUCAUUGACAAAAAGGUGGGUAUCGGCUGAGUUAGUGAUGCAGCCACUGCAAAACCUCUGGGCUCAGUUAGAACUUGGGAGUCAUCCAAAAAUGGAAAGAAGCAGAAGUCCCAGCAAAGGAAGAAUACUUUUGGAAUAUGCAAAAAUGGCAAAACUUACUGGAAGGAUAAGAAAUCAAGAUAACAAACUUUUUAUAAGAGAAUGGAAAUGGUUUAUUGAAUAUUUACAGAUAAAUUGUAAACAGAUAAGAACAUUGGCAGGAUUAUUGUAAUAACCUGCAGUUUCGUAAGAGUAUAUAUUUAAAGUAGAUGAAUAAAUGAGCAAAUUAAGUUAAUUUGGAUAUGCAGAAGAUAUUAAAAAUACAUUUAAGGAAUCGCAGGAAGAGGAGAAAGGAAAUCAAGUUUUGAAAUGUCAAAAUGAUUGUAAAAUCAGUCAAAUGUAUAAACUUGAAAAGUGUAGUAAUAAUAAUAAUAAUAAUAGAGCUUGAGAGCCGUCCCAGUCUGGAUCAGCAGCCUGAGUCUGGUCUUGCAUUGCUUCCCUUUCCCCCUCCAGCUGGUGCUGCAUACCUACAACUGGUCGGUGGACCAGGGCAGUGCCCUGAGUAGCUCCCUCACCCGCUUGCUGCAGUGGCAGAAUGCCCGCGCCCAUGUGGUACACUGCCUGAUCAGCCAGAAGCUUGGGCUCUUCCAUCACUACUGCUACAUGGACACCCCGUGGCAUGAGGACAGCAAACAGGUACGCCCUGCUUUGUGCAUUCCUGUGUGCAGGGCGCUCUGUCCACGACUGGCUCUCAUUGAUUAUCUCUAUCCAGGAGCAAAAUCCCUUCCUGAACUCAACACUGGAUGUGGAUCUCCUGAUCCGGAGCCCUAGCGUCCCCGCAGGCAGGGAGCCCGGUCGCCUCGGCAGCUCUGCCCGCAUCCUGCAGCCUCUGCACUUCCCUCCGGAUAUGGUGCCCUUCGACGAGGCCCUCCGAGACGUCUCGGUCAACCAGCCUACCCUUCAUAGCCCAGAGAUGGCCACGCUUGAUCGUGUGGCCCAGCACGGAGCUCAGUUUCUGGAGAUCAAGAGCAUGGAGCGGAAAGGUAAGUGGGAGGACAGGGACAAAGGACUGCACUCCCUGCAGCUGUAUCCUAAAGGGCUGUUACAGCUCUUAGGACCUUUGCACAAGUCUUUGCCCAUGAGGGGUUUACCAGGGCAGCCAAAAGCAAGGCAGUGGCAAGCUGUAAGAGCGAACGGGGUGGAAAGGAAUGGCUUAGAGUAGAGUCAUUCUCUGUCUGCCUGCUGUGCAUAUGUGAGCUGAUGUGAAACAGUGAGGUGGCUUGAGUUGUCUACAGGGAAAGCUUGCCAGAAAACGAGGUCUUGUUUGAGGAAGGGCCCUGGGGCUCUGGUCCUGCUCUCCUCAGCCUUUGCUCCUGUUCCACAGAGCUGGAGAAACAGAUGAAAAUUGAGAAUCUCUUUGUGACGUGGCAACAGCGGUCUGCACAGUCCAACAUGCCCAUCACUGUGAGUUGUGGUUUUUCAAGGGGGUGGGAAAGCGGCUGGGAUGUGGGCAGCACUUAGGUGCCAGGGCCUUGACGCUGCUUCCCAAAUAUUGGGGUGGGGUGGGGCUUGUUCUUGGGAAACAGUGAGGGGGAAGGUGGCAUGGGAUGGGGUGUUCUUCCCCAGGAAAAGGCAACAUCAUAUGAAGCUACAGGACCUAGAAGGUAUUGUGCCUCAACACCCGCCUUUCAAGAAAGCAGAACCCAAGACACUGUUAAUGCUUCGCACAUGGAAGCCAUCUGCACAAUUCCUCCUCCCACCUUCAGCAGCUGAUCCGAGGUUAUGGGAUGUUGGGUGGGGUUGCAUGUUGGGGAGGACACAGCAGGAGCACACAAGUGCCACUGCUUCCAGUGGAAAUUGUACCUGCCCUGAGAAAGUCUGUUUGUGCACUGCGCUACUUCGUUCUUGGCUAUGUUCAGGGAAGGUCAGGUGGAAUGACAUGAAGGCCAUUCCCCUCUAUGAUCGCUCUGGUCUUUCAUUAUUGCCGACAGAUGAGAAUAUGUACCAUGUAAGCAGCUGUUUUGUAGUGUAAAUUGAGAAGGUGACGUAAGGUGCCUCAGACGCUAUCCUUACCAUCAUGCUCAUGGGAUGUUGUGAUCUAGACUGAGGUAGGUAAGAGAUGUCAUCUUGCAUAAUAAGCUGACGUGAGCAUGUGAGUGUCGAAUCUCACAAGGAUAGAGAAAUGAAACUGGGCUGUGCGUGCUUCUCUUAGCAGCCUCUCUUAAUGGGGAUGAGGUGGGUCUUUGUUUUAAUAAGUGAAUGCAUUGCUUCAUAUGGAACUUCAAAGGAAACAUUAGGCUUAGGGCAUGUCUGCAAGCGGGAUUAGAGCACAAGAGCCUUCUCUUGUGGCUUCUAGCAACUGGCAUUCGGAAGCAUCGCUGCCUCCAGCUGUGAAGGAAGAGCAGAGCCAUCAUGGCUCUUAGUCAUUGACAGCCCCCCACCCCACCCCCCAAUGCUUUCAGAAAUGAAGAAAUGGGCACAUCAUCUAAAUACCACAAGAUCGGAGCUGUGUUGUCAAGCUGCCAAUGCCAUGCUUGCAUAUGUUUUCUAUGGGCAGGAGCAAAAUCCUUGGGAACUGAGCUCAUGAUCACUGUGUAACUCUACCAGCUCCACUUUUUAAUCUCCCAAAGUUUUUACGUGGCCAGGGUUGACACUUUGGGGCCAUAUGGAAUGGGCCUGGAGACCUGUCGUAGUAGUUAACCUCCUGUGUCUGUGUCUGUGUCUGUGCAGCUUGCAGAUCUGGAAACGCUGAAGCAGUCCUCCCGCCUGGUCCAUUAUUGUGCCACGCCGCUGCUCUUUGAUCCCACCUUCCGGCAACAGAUUCAGGCUGACCAGCAGAACAAGCCGGAGGGGAAGGUGAAGUGGGGGGUGGGGAGAGGGGAGAGAGUCCUUCAUAAUGCUGUCAUUCCUCCCUCCUAUAUUUCUUUUAUCCCCGGCUAUACCAGGAAGAGGCAGCUGAGGAGACACUUACAGGAGGCCUUUCCCAUGGCUUAGAAGGAGGUUGGCAGAACCUAGGUGAUGGAGUUGAGAGUCUCCUAGCCUUUGGGGGCUAGAAGUGGGGCAGGACCCUACUCUCUAUGUAUCCCCAAGUUUUAUCAAAGCUGAUUUCUGGGGAUGGGUUUGAUUAUUUAUUAUUAAAUUUGUACACCGCCCUGUACAAAUGCUCUGCGGCAGUUCCCAACAUGAAACCACAAUAUUGAAAAACACAAAAUCCAUAAUAAAAAUAAGAACAGAAGCAAACCAAUAAUCUCCCCCUUCCACAGCUCCUUUUUAAAGGCAUUGGAUGAAAACUGCAAGCGCAAAUAUGACUCUAAGGCAGGAGUGGCUAAUCUUUUUUUUCACCUGAGCUACAUGCACUCUGCCCAACCCUCCUGAGACCUCAAAGGUUCCCCACACACAUGCGCAUCAUCUGAGAAGUGGGGUAUAGGCCCUCCCUGCCCAUUAUUGAUCUGAUGACUGGAUUUGGGAGAGGGGGGAGGACUUUUGCCUCGCUGCAAAAUUCAGUGGGGUCUUGGGGAUAGGAUAGAAAAAUGUGCUUGGAAGGCCAUGCCACCUCCUGAAUAGGCAGUUAGCCACCCUUCCUCUAAGGCACUUUUUCUCUUGCCUACUCAGAGGAAAAAUGCCAAUUCUCCCAUUACUCCUUUGCCAUUCAGAAGCGACACCGCUCAAAUGACUCCACGGCAUCUGGUAGGGACCGCAGCCACAGCUGUGACUCCGCAGAGGGGCUGCCAUGUCGGACCAAGGAUGAGGCCUGGCUGCUGGAGCUGUGCCACACUUUCCUGCAGCAGUACAUCCAGUACCUGCAGAGCAUGGGCUUCAUUGUGGUGCAGGUGCGCCCGCCGUCCCCCACCCGCAGGUCAGUGGGGAUUGUUGGAAGGGCACAAGUGGUAGUAGUAAAUAUAUGGAUCCACCUAUUGUGGCAACUGUAAUUCAUCCUAAACAGUUUUUGUUAUUGUACCUUCAGGUGACUGUAACUCCGACACUUUACGGCAGGGGUCGGCAAAGUUUUUGUGGCUUGGGCUGGUUCCCGGUCCUGUAGACGCUGCAGUGGGCCGGAGUGCGCACGCAUGUGCGAACACUAUUUCCGGCGCGGAGGAGGCGUGCGCAGCUUCCCAUUGGCUGCAGGAGCUUCCUGCAGCCAAUGGGAAGCCAGCCAACGUCGUGGAAGGCGGUCCCCACUCUGCUCCACACCGGUUUAGCGCUGCGUACAGGAGCUGACCGAGUGGGCGGCAGGUGUCCCCGAGCGGGUGGUGGUGAUCCAUGGGCCGCAGGUUGCUGACCCCUGCCUUAUGUUGAAGGGUGGGUAAGACAUCAGGUUAAGAAUAAUGAUGGCAAUGCUGCUUUGGGCAGCAACAAGUUUAUGGAAGACAUGCUUGCGUAGAGGGAGGGAGAAUCAGCAGGAGCUCCAUGGGAAGUGUGUCGUAGAAGAAAUGUGUUCACUCGCAGAUCCCAGUCUGUUUCUAACCCCCAGCACACCCUUGUAGAUCUUUAAUCUUCCCCCUCCCUGUCUCUCUUCUGCUCUUCAGCAGCACCAGCAGGAUCCGAGCUCUGGCAGCAAUGGGCAUUGAGGGCCGGGCCUCUUUCUCAUACACCAGGCCAAAGGCGGAGGGGAGCCCAAAGGUGAGCAGCCUGGCUUUUUGAGUUGGGGGGACUGGGGGGACCUUCUGGCAGGGAGAGAGGGCUUGGCCAUUGGAGAGAGGGGUGGAGCAUGUUCCCUAGGCAUCAACAAAGGGUCCCGGAGCUUGUUCCAGCGCAAAUGCUUCUUUUCCAGAGCGCCAGCCCUCCUGUCACCACGUACCACUUGCAGAGAGCUCUGCCUGGGGGAAUCGUGCUCAUGGAGCUAGCUUUCCAGGUGAGUGGAAACAGGUUUUCCUUCCGUGCUAAGCACAACAGGCCAGACCAGUUUGUUUAAGGGGAAGGGGCCAUCGCAAGUGCUCAUAGGCCAGUUGGGUGAGGUGGGUCUAAGUUGAAGGUAUGGCUAACCACUCAACUGACACACACACUCAAUGGGCAUUGGGGGAGGGAUACAGGUUGAGACAGCCUAUACUGAAUGAAAGCAGGAAUACCACCUCUAAACAGUUUUUAAAGCAGUAGUUAACAUUGUAGAUGCCGGUGUGUAGUUGUUAGGGGCAGAUAAAAGCCAAUAUCUCAUCCGGUGCCGUUCUCCUUAGGGCUGCUAUUUCUGUGUGAAGCAGUACGCACUGGAGUGCUCACGAAUCCCCAUGGGGCAGACUGUCAACUCACAGGUAAUAUUGCUAUGUUCACUCUCUUGCCCUGGAGGUCAGAACUGGAUGGCUAUAGAAAAUAAUGAAAUACACAUGCAUGGAAUCCCUUGAGAAGGAGGUGUAGGAGUUGAGCUUGAGGACUCAAUAAGGCCACAUUUUCCCUUGGCUGUGGCUUGGUAAUCUUCCCCAUUGUGUUCGCUUGCUUAUGCUGUGCCUCAGCAGAGACAAACAAUGAUUGCCACUAUCCUUUUGUGCUGCACUGAGCUUUAAGCUUCCUUCAGGACUUGGGCGUUGCCCCCAGGAUCUCUGAGUAACAGAAGGCAUGCCUUCUCCUGAAGAUCUAGACAUGCUUGACCCAGGCAAGAGAGGCUUCCCCUACUCUUGAAUAUAUGUGAGGAUUAGAAGUGCCAGCCUGUACCCUUCCUGCAAGGUAGGACUGGCAACCUUUUGAGCAGUGGUUCUGCAGCAGGCAUAGCUUUGGUUUCUGAAAUGGAGAGCAUCUUGGUUCCUGCUUGCAUGCUGCUCAACAACCCUUCUCAGGUUCGUAGCUACAAACAGCCUCUGUUAUCUCACUAGGUGGAGCUGACGCCAGAAUAUGAGAGGAUACGCUCCCAUUUUGUCUGGGUUUGUUUUGUGUUUGGUCAUGCCUAUUCCUGGUUUAGCUGGGUCUCUUACUGUAUUAUGGGGUGUCAGUCCAUGGCACUGGGCACUGUGAGAGGUUGGGGGAAGAAAGCUGGUCCUACAGAGUUCCAUUCCUUCCUUCAAAUGCAGAAAAUAUCUUGCCAUCUCCUCACUCUGUCUGGGGUUUGGAGACACCCACUGACACCCUGAAUUCCAGUGACACCGGACACAUUCUAGAAGCAGCAGCGAGUUGCCUGAGCAGCUCUAUAAUCUAGCCUGAGCAGAUUAUAGUAUAUGAACUGCCUGCACUAAUGUUAGCAACAAUUGUGUACUGUAACAUUUAAAGAGAUCUUGACACAUGCAGCCACUACCUGAGCUGUGGAAGUCUGGCAUGUAGAUGCUGUAAGUGUAGAUGCCAGCACAGAGGCUAAGGAUAUCUGCUACAUGGGGUACAGUCAAUAAUAAUAAUAAUAAUAAUAAUAAUAAUUUAUUAUUUAUACCCCGCCCAUUUGGCUGAGUUUCCCCAGCCACUCUGGGCGGCUCCCAAUCAAGUGUUAAAAACAAUACAGCAUUAAAUAUUAAAAACUUCCCUAACCAGGGCUGCCUUCAGAUGUCUUUAAAAGAUAGGAUAGCUGCUUAUUUCCUUCACAUCUGAAGGGAGGGUGUUCCACAGGGUGGGCGCCACUACCAAGAAGGCCCUCUGUCUGGUUCCCUGUAACCUCACUUCUCACAAUGAGGGAACCGCCAGAAGGCCCUCAGCGCUGGAUCUCAGUGUCCAGGUUGAACGAUGGGGGUGGAGACGCUCCUUCAGGUAUACAGGACUGAGGCCGUUUAGGGCUUUAAAGGUCAGCACCAACACUUUGAAUUGUGCUCGGAAACGUACUGGGAGCCAAUGCAGAUCUCUCAGGACCGGUGUUAUGUGGUCCCGGCGGCCGCUCCCAGUCACCAGUCUAGCUGCCGCAUUCUGGAUUAGUUGUAGUUUCCGGGUCACCUUCAAAGGUAGCCCCACGUAGAGCGCAUUGCAGUAGUCCAAGUAGUCAAACCUUGGUUGUCGAACAUAAUCCAUUCCGGAAGCCCGUUCAGCUUCCGAACUGUUCGACAACCGAGGUACGGCUUCUGAUUGGUUGCAGGAAGCUGCGUUGGACGUUCGGCUUCUGAAAAAUAUUCAAGACCCGGAACAUUUACUUCUGGGUUUUUGGCGUUCGGGAGCCGAAACAUUCCAAAACCAGAGGCGUUUGGGAGCCAAGGUUUGACUGUACCAAUGUGGGAAAAUGCUUUCUUCAGUGGCUUCCACAUAGAAGCUGCUGUCUUUAAAUCUGCUUUUAGUCAACUGUGAAACAGAAUCCCACAACUUAAACAGCUUAAAUUUGCUACAGCUUCACAGAAGUCUCAACAAAUUAUGUGAACGUUGGAUUACUUGAUUACCUAAUUUUCAUACACCAGGCCAGCCUAUCAGCAGAACUUAACUGCUUAGAGAAACGUGUCAGGUUGCCCUAUGCUGUCUUAACUGCACUGCUAGAGGAGGAGGAGGAGGAAUGGGGCUCGUAGGAUACUGACACAUGGGAGAGGGGAAAGGGUGAACUUUUUGAAGAAUAUUUAAAAGUCACUUUAGCACUGGACAUUUUUUGGUCUAAGCAUUUAGGAGAUGCUGCCUUAGUCUUUACAAACUCAUUCUUCCAGUCUUUGGAAAUGAGCACCUGCUUCUCUUUUUUUUAUAUAAAAAAGAGAAGCUGGAAUUCUGACAAAUCAGAUAGAAAUAUUAGAAUGAAAUGUAAACAAAAAUGCUUGCAAUUGGCAAUCGAAUUGGAACUGUGUAAAAUGCACAUGCCUUGUUUGUAAUUAUGGGAACGUCUCUUGUGCAAACUUCUUAAACAGCUUUUUAAAAAGCAGAUCCUUCAAAAUUUUUCUUCUUGUGCCUCCUUAGGCAUCUGCUCCCAUUUAUAUGUUUUCCUCCUGAAUUAAACCAAGCCAGCACCUCCUAAGUUGCCUCGAAUCCUCACUCACCCACAGAGCACCCUGGGUGUGCACAAUGGGGUGAGCUCCCGAAGCUCUGUCCCACCUCCUGCCAACCUAGCAGUUCGAAAGCACACCAGUGCAAGUAGAUAAAUAGGGACCGCUGCAGUGGGAGGGUAAACAGCGUUUCCAUGCGCUCUGGCACUCAUCACGGUGUCCUGUUCCGCCAGAAGCACUUUAGUCACGCUGGCCACAUGACCCGGAAAGCUGUCUGUGGACAAACACUGGCUCCCUUGGCCUGAAAGCGAGAUGAGCACCAGAGCCCAAAGUCGCCUUUGACUGGACUUAACUGUCCAAGGGUCCUUUACCUUUACCCGUCUAAGCCUUAAAUAUACUACUUUAAAGAAGGGCCAGACAACUUAUUUAUUUGAUGGCAAGAUCCACUGUGAUGGCUUAAAGUUAUCCUAAUUGUAUCUCAGACGCAUGAUUCUGUACUCAGAAACCUCCAAUGGCGGAGAUGGGUGUUUUAUUUUCCACUCUUCUGUGGAAAUUGUGGUACGGCCUUUGCCUCCACCUCCCACAGCCACAAAAUUCCUCCACUUCCACAUAUGUUGAGUAGAACUUCAGGGGUGGUAGCACCUCACACAUGGCCCUGCAUGGCCCUCCUGAGACAGGAACUACAGGAGCCAGUCCUACUACAUGCUGCUGCACCCCAAUUUUCCUGUAGUGGGGGAGGGUUGAUUCUCCUGCUCACUGCAAUAGGGAAGGCUGUGCAAAUCAGACUUGCCACUGCUAUCCUCUAUGGUAGAGAACCUCCUUGCAGUUCCAGACCUCCCUAACUCCAAGAGGUAAAGGACCUUGGCAGAGCUCUGCCAGACUUUUUAGUUUGCCUAUUUCUAUCCUUUCUCUACUUUUUUUGCCCUUUAGGAGUGUUAAGAGUAGAAAGUUUUUUGUUUCUUUUUUUUUGUAAGAAAAAGGUUGCUGAGACAAUUUAAACUGAUCACAGAGACACUGCAGCUUUGAUGUUUCUCAUCCGGGCAGGGGAGAUCACCCUUGUGUUACUGAUGGAAUCUUUGGUGGAUCCCUUUGAAAGGACCUUCAGCAGAAGCAAAUGGAGGACCCACAUGGAAACCACAGUCCCCAUGAGCCACUGCUGUAUUAUUGUGCCCAUUUUACCUGCAUCUGAGAUUGGCACAGUAGGCAAUUUAGUAACCAGGCAAGGUCCUCCUCCAGCUAGCUCUCCUGCAGGUUGAAGCGAAAGGGCAAAAGGGCUAGCGUAGGUAAAAGGGCACCCAGGGUUCAGUGGCUAGCGACAGGGGCACUCUGGUGUUUUCUGUAAGGUAUGACCUAGCUGCCUAGAUUGGAUAACAUCAGGCUACUUCCCUCACUGCUUCCUUUUCUCUGUACUUUUCUGAACCCCCUCUAUACAGCACCAUACAAAAUAGUACUUCAUCUUCCUUAGGCAACUGACUUCAGGUCUGAUUUCUCUCUCUCUUCACCUUAGCUUUCUAUGCUCUUCACGGAGGAGUGCGACAAGGUGCGUGAUCUCAUGCAUGUGCACUCGUUCAGUUAUGAUUUCCACCUGCGCAUCGUGCACCAGUACCUACUUGGAUCCCAUAUGGCACUGCGGCAAGGCUAUCACCUCACCAGCUUUCUGGAAGACUUCAUUGCCCAGCACCCUGACAUCCCCAAGUUUGGGCGCAAUCACAUCUUCCAAGGUGAGAACUUCUGGGGGCAUUUGAGGAGAUUUUAGACAGCUAUAGCUCCGCACAGCCAACUGCACCUGUUCUGUGGACCCAGUAGGUGGCUGUCUUCUGAGAAGUCACAAAGGUCCUGUCAUCAUCUUCAUUUCUGUCUUGGGACCUCUUGCUUUGCUUAUAAGCUGUAAACCAGUCAGGUCCUACCAGCAAUGAGCUUUCCAAUCUGACAUAGACAAGUGGGAAGGAGGUUUUACUCUAGUAGAAUAAAAACUCAGUGUUGCUGGCCCUCCUUUAGCACACUUGGCUCCACAUCGCUAAAGUACCUGGUUACAUGAGCACAGAAGUAUGCCAAAAAUUUAAAGGACCUAUAAAACCCUUCCUGUUUUUAACAACAGAAGGGCCUUUUGAACUCUGGAACCCAGUAGCUAAGAACCAGGGAGAAGCCGACUGUGUGGGCUUAAAGAGCCAUUUUAAUAAAACACUGUAAAGCAAGUGGCACUCAAACAAGAAGUUGAAGGGAAACAUUUUAGAAGAUCAUUUUAGAAGAUCAGCAGAAAGGAAAAUAAACCCAAAACAGCGUGCUGACAUAAGUAGCCAACAACUAAAAGUGAUUUAAAGGAACAAAGCAGGCAUUUCCCUUGACUAGCAGAGGCUAAGGUUUGCUGGCAAACAUCUGGAAGAUGUUUGCACUAUCUCUGACAACAGCAUCCAGAAGGAAUGUAAUAACACAAACAGGGACUCAUUUCAGGUUUGUCUUGUGGAGCAGAUAGACCUCUGUCCCCCACACAGACUCCCAGAACCAAGCGAUCCUAUGGCCGUAAGCAAACAUAUGGUAAUCCUUCCGCUUCUCCUACAGGUGCGCUGACCUUGCCUACCAGCUCCAUUACAGCACACCAGCUGUACAACUAUAUAACUGACCACGCCAGCACCUAUCAUAUGAAACCACUGCGCAUGGCCAAACCAGGAACUAGCGCUGAGGGCAAGAAGGGCACUCCCAGCCCUGAGCAAAAUGAGUAUGCUCUAGUCUCCAUCUGGAACAGGCAAGUGAUUUCCAGGCUGCUCUGAUAAGCUCUUGUCUCAGUGCCACUUACGAGCAUUUGUCUGUCAGCCCCACUCCCUAAACUUCAUGUGCCAUGCAUCUUCUUCCACCUUUCGUCAUUCAAAAGGCUGCCAGGUAUCUCACCUUUUACGUCUUUCUGCAGUGAUGAUGAUUAUGAGGAUGCACCUAACAUAGCUAGGCACUCCACAAAGAGUAAAUAAUUCAGGUUCUGCCUAAGGCUUUAUACUGUGUUACCUAGGACUUAACCCACUAGGUCCAGGACUGGUAAAAAUGCACUUUGAAUGAUUGCAAAUGAAUAAUUUGUUUUACGUGAUUUAGGGAAAAAGAUAUUUUUAUUUGCAGAAGUCCAAUAAGGUACUAUCAGUAUUUGAUUUACAAAGGAAGUAUUUAAUUUAAGGUGCCACAAGAAGGCAUUUCAUUUUGUACUCAACUCUUUAGUCCUCCACAACUAACAUCCUUUAUUGUAGAAUAAGCUUUUGUAGGCUAGAGUCUAUUUUUUCAGAUGCAUGGUGGCCUGGAAAUGCAGACCACACUUCUCUGACGCUGUUUAACUCUCUAAAUUUUUUUGGUAAAUUGUACUCUAUUCAUUAUUAUUAUUCCUAGUCACUUACCUAAAUUUUGCUUAUUGCGGAGUCUCGCAUUCAUUCUCAACCAGUCAAAAGCAACCAAGGACAAUCCCGCCAACCAAUUUUUACUGCUGCUGACAGUUGAGGAGAGGAUAUGGAUAAAACGUUUGCCUCUAGAGACAGUGUUUGUGUUUUGCUAACAUAGAAUUUCUGAUUCUUUUUGAGAAACCUCAUGUGAGCAACUUGGCAUUCAAAUUACCGACUAUUGUUUUCCUUCCUUGGAUUGAACCGACUCUUGUCUCUUUGGUGCCACAUUUUUUAACGCCUGCUACCAGAAUCCCAUUCCCACAGGGUGCUUUAUCCUCUUCAAAAGAAAUCCAAUUUUGUCAACUUCUUUUGGAAUACAACACAGCCACACUGGCUCCAGGUAUGGCACAAGCAAGCCUAGCUUUUGCCUACCUGCGUAUUAGGUUCUUGAUUCAAACACCAAACAGUCUCUUCCAGGUGGCGUUAGCUUUUUGAUCUCACACAGGUGGGACAAGGUCCUUGCAUACCCCACAACUUUCCCCAGCUGCCUAGUCCUUGAUAUGGGAUGCCCAUGGAUUUCCUAGAUUUGCUUUUCAGGAUAGAACCUUCUUACCAGCUUAGCUGUGACAUGCUGGUGUUUUAUGCCAGUUGCUCUGAAACUAGACACAGCAGUCCAUUAAAAGGCUUGAGCAUUCAGAGAUGGGGGAAAUGUCAAAUGUGGGGCAUUUUUCACAAAAUACUUGUGUGUACAAACCUUUUCUAGCACUGGGGAGGCUUCAAACACUAGCUUUCUGCAUUACCAGGCUGCUGCAGUUACCAAUAUCUGUUUGCAAAACAGACAUGAUUCUAAUAAAAAAAAAGAAGACACAAAGUUUUUUAUGCUGCUUGGAUGGUAGUAUAAGGUGCAGAUGUCUGUUCUGGGGCAUAUAUUCCUGGACUGAGAAACUUGACACAGAAUGGUCCUUGUAUCAGGCUCAUCUCUUGGCUUUCUGAUGUGUAAUAUAUCCUACAACUCCAAACUCUUUGAUGUAUUCCUAGCGACUGAUUUUUCUCUCCUAAAUUGCUUUGAUUUUAUUUUUGCCUAAACUGUACUAUGUGGCAAUGGGGCUAUGAACCCAAAAGCUGACACGUAUGUCCGACUCUCACUCACAUCAUUCUACAGUGGUGAGUCAAGUCACGGGUGUAACACUGCUGUUCUCCACCCCCACCUCCCUCACUUGUAGGAAACAAUAGGGUCUAUUUUUGGUUCAAUUGAACUACCCGCUGCAGUGCAAGUCCAUUUGGCUGCAGUCCACACUGUGGCCCAAAAGGACUGCAGCUGCUUUCUUGACCGCGUAGAAAACCCCUUGCAUUCUUCCCUUACAGCUCUGGCUCCUAUAAGGAUUCGGAGGGGUUGCGUCACCACGACGACUUCGAUGUCUCCAUGCUUGUGUUCCACAAUGCGGCUCCCUUUGAGGAGCAAAGUGAGUCAGAGCGACAUAUGCUAAGGUAAGAGAUGAACUGGGAAAUUGCAAGUCAGGGGGAAAGCCACUUGUCUGAGCAAUUACAAGGUCGAACAGCCUUGACUGUUCAGACUGUCCACCUUAAAAGGGAGCAGGCUUUGUGAGUCAGAGUCUGCGCAUGUCCUGUUCACAGGAUGUUUAUGUUUUCUGUUGCUUUUGUUUCUCUGUGUCGGAGACACUGACGCAGGCAGUCAUGUCUUUUUUUGUUCUGAUCAACGCUGAAUAAAACUUGUAAAUAAUGCUCUCCUGAGUGCGACUUUUGCUGUGACUAUCUGCUGAUAGAGUGUGCAUGAGCUCUGGAAUGUGGCAAGAUAUUUUCUAGAAACUCAUGUCGCUAAUUGCUGAUACUGCGUGCCUACGGGAGAUCGAUGGAUUGUCCGGCAGAUGGCUUGGGGCCAUGAUGGACUUUGUCUCCCUGGCAGUAUCCCAACACAGACAUGCAGUGUGCCAAAAAAGAAGAAUUGAGCAGCUUAUUGGCAGCUGGGUGAUGUUUAAUAAUAAUAAUAAUAAUAAUGAUAAUAAUAAUAAUAAAUUUUAUUUAUACCCCGCCCUUCCCAGCCAGAGCCAGGCCCAGGGCGGCUAACACCAAUAAAAUCACAGUAAAAACAUAAUAGGGGGCGGGGAACCGAUUUAAAACACAGGUUAAAAUGCAAUUUAAAACGCAGCCUCAUUUUAAAAGUAGCCGAUAAAUCAAGAUCAUAAGGGGAGGGAAACAUAAGGGUCAGACUGAGUCCAAACCAAAGGCCAGGCGGAACAGCUCUGUCUUGCAGGCCCUGCGGAAAGAUGUCAAGUCCCGCAGGGCCCUAGUCUCUUGUGGCAGAGCGUUCCACCAAGUCGGGGCCAGUACUGAAAAGGCCCUGGCCCUAGUUGAGACCAAUCUAACCACCUUGCGACCUGGGACCUCCAAAAUGUUGUCAUUUGUGGACCUUAAGGACCUUAAGUUUGGGCUGCAGGGACCCAGUCUAGGCCAUGGGUUGACCAGGUACUUAAUGGACACGUGAAGUGGAGAGCAGCACAAUUGCUGUUUAUCUGCAAGAGGCCACACUGUGGGGCUGUUGGUGAGCGAGAUAGGCAAUAAGCAGCAAUGGCAACUGUUCCCUUCCUCCCAGGUUGCACUUCUACGUGAUCAUGACAAGCCAACGGGAGCUGUUUCCACGACUAACGGCUGACAUGCGCCGUUUCAAAAAGCUGCCACGCCUGCAACGGGACACGCUGGAGCCAGUUCUGGGACGUGCCGCCUGGGAGACGGCAGAGGGGGGCUGGCAGCGGAAGGAAGUGCCAGAGCCCUGGGAGGAGGUGGAGGACAGUGGGGAGUUCUAUGCAGGAGGUCCCCAGGUCAAGGUGGGCCCCGGGCUCUUCUACACAUCCCCGCUCUUCCCGCUUCUUGCCUCCGAGGUGGCUGCUGCCCAGAAGCAGCUCAGCAGCAUGGUCCAGCUUGCCAAGUGCCACUGCCGCCGAGACAACCUCUGGAAGAGGCUCUUCCUGCUUGAGCCGCUUGCCUCCGACAAGCUCAAGCUGGGCAAGCUCUCCCUCGGCGAGUUGGAGGAGCUGCUGGACGCCGUGCACAGGAAAUCGAUUGCUGACAUUGAUCCCCAGCUGGUGAGUUGAGCUGGUUGAGUCAGUGGGGGUGCAUGUUGUAUGGGUGUAUGCACACUUGUGACAUACUGUGGUGGGCAGAAAACACUCAGAGGACCCCAGCAUGGUCCAAGCUACGGGAUGCUAAAGAGCCCUGCUGGAGCAGACCAGAGCCCAACUAAUCUAGCAGUCUGUUCUCUCAGUGGCUUACGUUCAUUUUUCUCUCUCUUUGUGGCAGAGUUGCUUCCUCACCAUGACAGUCUCCUGGUACCAGAGUCUUAUCAAGGUGCUGCUGAGCCGUUUCCCCCAGAGCUGCCGCCAUUUCCAGAACGCAGAUGCUGGCACCCAGUACCUGGUAAGUCCCUUCCAGGGUCAUUUUCUCCAGCUGUGGGCCUCUCCUUGCUAACCAGCUUUCCUGUCAGUUAAAUCAAGAGCGAACUUUGAUCAUUUUGCUUGGUCAGGUUUGGCAUUUUCACUCAUCCGUGCCAGCUCCCCUUGGCUCGACAAUGGAAAGAAAUUCUGAAAUGCAGUCCUUCAGGUUUCUUUCCUUAUUAGAAGCUGCCCUCUAGUUACUGGAAGGUUGUUUCAGUCCAGGAUUUGGAGGUGGGUGAGUGAGAUCAAGAGGCUUUAUGGACUUCUGUUUCCCUUGCCCACUGGUUUUUUCCUACCCAUCUGCCCUACCCCCCAGAAAAAAGUUCUGACCCUCCCAGUGGGAACAAUGCAAUUAUUGCCUUGCUUCCUUUAAUGUGAGGGAUGAUUCUCUCUUGAUGCAGCGCUCUUGCCCCCAACUCUGCAGGUCGUGCUGAACCAGAAAUUCACAGACUGUUUUGUGCUCGUAUUCCUUGAUUCCCAUUCAGGAAAAACGGUAAGACCCUUCUUCAUAGCUCAGCAGUUCAAGGGGUACUGGUGACAUAAAACUUCUGAGCCCUGGGGCUGCUGUUUUGGCUUUGAACGUCUAACUAGCUCUGCCCGCUCUGUGUUGCACCAGGCACUGCUAACUCAAAUGUCCUGGAGUUAUCCUCUCUGAACAGCCUUCCCAAGAGGAGUCUUUGGCCUAAGGAAAGGCUAUCGGGGAGCUUUGUUGCUUAACUAUGGGCAGAUGGCUAGAUCCCUGUGCCUUGCUAGUGCCAUUUGUUAACCCAGCUGUCUUUUUUUGCAGAGCCUGACCGUGGUGUUUCGAGAACCAUUCCCAGUACAGCCCCAGAACAGCGAGAGCCCCUUGCCGCAGCUGGUGUCCACGUACCACCAUCUGGAAUCGGUCAUAAACACAGCUUGCUUCAAUCUCUGGACAGGGCUGCUCUAGUGUUGGUUGGCUCCUUCCACCUGGGGCACACUGCACAGGCCCAGCUGGGGCGAAGAGGGCACCGCAAGUGGCAGAAGCACACAUGGGGGACCGUAGUGGGCGAUGUGAGGCUACAGCUGGCUGGGUAAGAGCUUGGUUAGGACACUUUGAAGCCUGACUGAGCCGAACAGAAUCAAGGGAGGGGGACCGCUCUGGAGACCAGAGCACAGCCUUAAGCGGGGGGGGGGGGGGCGGUAAGCACCUUCCCUAAAAAACUAUAGGCUGAGGCAUAUAUGGACAGAUGUGCCACCUUCCCUUGGGCACUUUGGCGCCAGGGCUCAAAGGCAAGUGGAGCUGGUGACUUGGCCUGGUGCUUUUAAGAGUGACUCAUUGGAUGAGUUUUAGCGAGAGGGAACUGCACAAUGAUGGGAAUUUUUAUAUAUAUAUGAAGUGAAUGUACAGUAAAUUAAAUAAAAUGGAUCAUUAAUUAUAACAAUAAAAAUCUUUUGUCAU